GAGGUUUGGGCGGGGGGGGGGAUGAGGAGAGGAGGCUCCGAGAGGUGGAGCGGGCGGGGAGGCCGGUCGGGUUUGUUGUCAUCCCAAGAUGGAGUUUCUGUUGGGCAACCCUUUCAGCACCCCGGUGGGGCAGAGCCUCGGUAAGAGAGGGGGCGGCCGAGGGGAGCGGGGCAGGGGGGCAGGCCUGAGGCGACGGGGGAGGGGGAGACGGGGGGGGGAGGGAGAAGCCGCAAAGGCCCCUGUCAGCGGGCCAGGGGGGAAUUUGGGCAGACGCAGCUUCUCCCUCCUGGCAUGGCAGGAUAACUGCACCUGAAGAUGCACCUGAACCGGCUUCACGGCCCUCCCCGUCCCGGCCCCCUCUUGACCCACGAAGGGAGCCCCAGGCCUGCUUGGCGUCAUUGGCCAACCGUGAACCAGGGAUGGAGCUGGGAGGUGAAAGUCUUUCCUCUCCAGCGUCCUUGUAUAUAUUUUAUUUUAAUUGCUGCCCUUGGUGAAUCAUUGCCUAUGCUCUCCUUCCCAGCCUGUCAGUCUGCUAAGUUUGUCCCUGAUGGCUCUCUCUCCCCCAUAAAUAUUAUUAUUAUUAUUUAUAUAGCCAUGUCAUAUGCCUCAACUUUAGCCUUUGUGGAGGGUAAUUGUAAUAUUGGUGAUUUUUAAAAUAAAAUUAAGCAGUCUCUUUUUUUGCUGCAGCAGCUCAAAAGUGACAUGCAAUAUUUUAAGCAAAAAAUAAUAAUACAUACAUUUUAAUGCAUACUAGGAGCCUUGUAAGUCACUCUGUGAUGACAGCGUGUCCUAAAAGGUGCCUUAAGGACCAUUGAAUGAGCAGAUCAAACUAUCUGUCAUCCCUGCUUCUUUUCCUCCUGGUAAAGCAGGAGGCCCCGUUUUGACCUUUUGACUGUGGUUUUGAGAUGAAUAGAUUGAUAUCGUUAGAACUACAAUAUAUGGGUUGCUGUGUGGGUUCUAAUGAAUAUAGGCCAGGCCAUACUGUAUCCUCUAGCUGUCCCUGUUUUCUGGCCUGUGUACCAUCACUGUGCUUAUUUUCUCCCUGUGUUUGCAUUUUGAGGAUGCCUUGCCAAAAUGUUAUUAGCCUGAGGUUGUUAGUUUUGUUUGAAAUAUUUAUAUGCCAUCUUUUAGGCCAAGUAUCCUUUCAACGCAGCUUCUGUACGGUAUUUAAAUAAUAAAUAACAGCAGUAUGCCUCUUAGGAAAUCAUCAUGCGAUCCCAAAAAAUGAAACUGUAAAACUACCCGCCACAGCAGACCUAAUCAUAUCAACAGAGUACUAUUGAAAACUAAGACUUAAACAUCUUGUAGCUAGUUAAAACCCUAGUUGUCUGGAGUUGUCACUAAUUAUGUUUUAUUUGUUAUUUACAUGGUUCUCUCCUUCCACAUCUUAUUCUCACAACAAUCCUGUGAGGUAGGUUAAGCUGAGAGAGAGUGACUGACUGACUCAAGGUCACCCAGUGAGCUUCAUGGCUCAUUGGGGAUUUGAGCCCUGAUUUCCUGGUUCAACACUAACUAUGCUGCCACACUGACUCUCUAUUAUUCAUGAUCCAGCCCUCUUCCCUGGUCUAUUAAAGUUGAUGGGAAGAUGCAUCUUGUCCUCAUGAACAUAAAUUUAUGUGUGUGUACAGUAAAGUGUGCCUUACUGUGCACAACCUGUCAUUGCAUACCUUGAAACCGCUGACAUUUGUUUGAACUGUUGAUAACAGGUUACAGGAGGACCUUUGUUUUUCUAGUAUAUCUGCUUUUCUAGUAUAUCUGCAACUUACAGAGCAAACACACCCGAUCCUUAAAGAGAAAACACACCCAAUUCAGGCAGCAAAUGUUUGGGGUUGGAAGAGUGGCAGUGAGGUUGGGAGGUUAGAGCUGUGUGUACAAGGAAUCCUGCCCUGUAUACAGUAGUACCUUGGGUUACAGAUGCUUCAGGUUACAGAUGCUUCAGGUUACAGAUGCUUCAGGUUACAGACUCCGCUAACCUAGAAAUAGUACCUUGGGUUAAGAACUUUGCUUCAGGAUGAGAACAGAAAUUGCGCAGCAGCAGUGCAGAGGCAGCGGGAGGCCCCAUUAGCUAAAGUGGUACCUCAGGUUAAGAACAGUUUCAGGUUAAGAACAGACCUCCAGAACGAAUUAAGUUCUUAACCCGAGGUACCACUGUAUAUAUUUUUGUAUUUUUAUUAGCCGUUUACAUGACCAAACAUACAGCAAACUUUAAGAAGCUAUUCUGUAAAACCCAAUUAGGAUCUCAGUUAAAGGUUGCAUUAAACACAAAGUUCUUCAUUGCUUGCAUAAAUGGUUAUACACAUGGGGCAAGGCACAAGUCAAUGGGAGUUCCAUAGGGUUUGUUUUUUUAACUACUCCUUUAAAGCAAGCCUACUGCUCUCCAUUUUGCUAAAAGGCACUGUUCUGUCACCAGCAUUAAAGUAAGAUUCAAUUGCCAGUCCGAGUGGUUUCUGUAUGCAGAACUAGGACAGGGGAACCACCUCAUCCUUUGCCUCAGGCAGUUAAAAACCUUAAGCUGGGAUGUUAUGUUCAAGGCCCUAUUUUUAGCUGUGAAUUGUUGGAAGAUAUUGGGGAGCAAAAGAGGAACUGAGGAAGCCUAGGAUGCUCUGAGGUGGGGUGAGUCAAAGAAUGAAACUGGGAGGAAAGGUGGGGUGGAGUCAGAUAGGUCAACCUGACAUGGAGGAAUCUCAGGUGCGUGUGUGUGUGUAGUUUUUAUCACCUAAUCAAAUAAGAUCUCUUAGGAAGUACACCAAAAAGGAUGUCUAAAAUGAUCAGAGAAGUUAAGAAUGACUUCCUGACUGAGACACACUUGAGGAGAGGCUGAGGUUUUCUUGGCUUUGAAAAGCAAUGACUAAGUGAAAGUAUAGAACUAUGAUUGCAAUAAAGAAGCCUUGUUUCAAAACACAAGAACCUGACUGGUGACAUUGAUUUGCAAUAUGUGGUUGAUUUUUUUUUUUAAAAGGGAAGCAUUGUUUUCAUAAUGCAGACUUUUACCUUACAGAACUGGUUACCAUAGGAUGGGUAGUGGUGGUUUGAAGUUGACAAUUUAAAGAUGACUUUAAAGAACCAAAGACUUUAGCAAAUGGUGGAUAAUAUUGCCUGCCAGUGGCUUUUACCCGUCGUAGAACCUCCAUGUUCAGAUUGAUCCCUCAUCAUCCUUGAACCAUCCUAUUGGACUGGGGGUGUGAGAGAGGACUGUUUGACUCUCAUAACCAAGGGGGGGAAAUGAGGUGGAGGAAGUUGGGAGACAAGAGCAGGUCUGAGGAAUAUACAAACAGAGGAAGCCACCUUACAGCAAGUCAGACCACCAGCCUAUUUAGCUCAGCGACUACUGUGCCUUUCCAGGGUUUCAUCAGAGACAUUCUUAGCCCUUCCUGGAGAUACCAGUGACUGAAUCUGAGAUAUUCUGUGUUCAAAGCAGAUGAUAUGGCUCAAGGAAAGUGAACACGAUUGGGCUUCACCAACAGCAUCCAGGUGGGCCCAGAGAUGAGGCCUGAGAGUCUUGUGGCAACUGCUCCCCUCCGUACCAUGAGAAUAAGAUACUGGCCACUUUUGUGUUCUGGUUGUAAUGGCAAUGCUUAGCCUAAAGCAUUAUUGUGCAAUAAUGUGAUUCUUGGGGCCCUGUUCCUGCGCUGUGCCUCUUCUCUGACUGCUAGGUUUUGUUGUGGGGAGCUGAUUGUCCAUGGGGCAAUGUAGCCCCCUCAGUUGCUUGGGAAACAAAUAGCAGAUACUAUCCCAUACGUGACAGCCUAAUAAAGGAACAGUCAUUUUGUCAUAGGGGUCCAAAUAGUCUUAGACUCGCCUCUGGUAAACUGCUACACUUUGUUUUGCGGGAAAUUGCUGUCCAGCGGGGGCAAGGACUUAAGUGAGCAUGCUGUUCAGUGUCAGGAAUUUCAGUUUCCAUCCUGGCUCUGGUGCUGACCUUUCCUGUGACCUUGAAGAAGGAGCUCUGAGCAUCCAUCUAUUUAAACUGAGACGUUCCCAUGGCUUUGAGGAGUUUUUGUUACAGUACAAGUACUGUUAAAAGUCGUGGGGUGUUCUGUGCUCAGUUGAAAGUCCCAAGGCCAGCUUGGAGAAAACUGAAAAUCUCAGCUCAGUGCUAAGCCUAGAUAAAAGUUGAGAAGUAGUUCUCUAGGCAGCUUUUCUUCUUCUUCUUCUUCAAACUUUCUGUCUUCAGGAAACACUUUCCACAUCUAUUAUCUUCCAAGGACUCCCUGGGCAUGUUCUUGGGUACAUUCUCUUUUCAGUGGGCAGACUUGAUGGUUCUCUCCGUUAACCUAUGGGAGCACACCCAACAGUUUCUUGCAGCUGCUUGCUGUCGAUAAUGCAAUAGAGUAGAAUUUUGCAAUUGUGGUUGUGUAAGUCAUCUUCCAGAGAACCUUGUGUGCCCUUAAUGUUUUUGCCCUUGAGAUUUCAAGGAACCCCAGAGUUCCUGGGAACUUAGAUUGAAAACCACUGCUAUGUGGUGGUGGUUGAUAAUUCCUAUUUCAUUAGUAAGCAGCAAUUCCAACCAAAUCACCAGGCUGUGUUUUUUAAAUGCUUCAUAUGGUAUUCAACUCAUUUUUACUCAGAGUAGUCCUGCUGACAUUAACAGACCUAACUGCUCUUUAAUUUUGAUAGCUCUCCUCUGAGUAAAAAUGAGUUGAAUGCCACUCUUAUUUCUGUUUCAGUUUUGCACAUAUUCAUCAAACAAAAGCAGUAAGAAAAACAGAGCAUACAUUCUGUUUUGUAUCCUAAGAAUAAAUUGUUCAUCAGUCCAAUAGCAUGACAUAAAUAAAGGAUUGUCCGAUUUGUUAUAUCUUUUCCAAGAUAUGUUGGUAAAAGAUUGUUCAGCCCAAAAUAUUUUUCCAAGGAAGUGUGUGUAUGGUGGGUGGACUCCAGACAUGCCUUUUCUUUGUAGGAGAUGAAGCAAAAUCAUUGUUUUGUAUUGUUCAGAUAAUAAACUUGUGCCCGUAAAUGUUUUUGUUGUUGUUGUUGUUGAAUAAAAUGUUCAGUUCUUCUUGAUGGUCCAGUUACUUGUUGCUUUUAUUAUAGACCUAAAUACAAAGUGUUGUGCUCAUUCAUUCAUCCAUCCACCCAUUCAAUAUUUCCAAGUUUAUCUUUAUUUCUGCAUUGGUUGUAUAUUAAUUCAAUGAAGCCAUUGUCCUUGUUUAUCAAAUUGUUAAAAUUUGUCCCAGUGGUGGAAAUACAGGUGGUUCAAGGAAGGGGGUAGUGGGAGACAUCAUUGCUAGGUUCUGUUCCUCCAGCUUACCCCCAGCACGAAAGACCAAGGAACACAUGGUUCUGUAUUUUUUAACAAUACCCAAGUACCAAAGAGCAGUUUCGUUGACCCGUUCUGUUGCCAAGUGCAUCCAAUGAAGAUGAAUUUGAACCUGUUCAGGCUCAACCCUCGAAUCGCUAUGUCUUGCAAUUUGGGUGGGGCAAAAUGCUUGAUCCUACUGUUGCUAAGACUUUAAAUGUUUUAUAUAUUAACUAUACUCCACCUUUUUUUGCUCCCCAUUUGCUGCAAGCAGCCAGUGGGUGCCCCUUAUAUUUAUUAUGAGACAUUUUGAUAGUGGGGUUUCGAGUGAGUUGUACAUAAUAAAUUGGAUGUUUGUUUCCAGUGGCAAAGAUGCUAAUGGCCUCAAAGAGAAGGGAUUGUAUGUUAAAAAAUUCGGCCUAAUUCUGGGGCUGCGUGAUGACAGUUAAGCAGGCGGCUCCUUAGAAGAAGCAAAGUUGCCGCCUGUUUUAUAAUUGCCAAUGGUGUUUUUCUGGAGCAAAACCUCAGCUGAAGUCUGUCUGGCUUCACAGUGCUUUGCUUGUCUGAUGUUUCCAUGGUUCUUCCUGCCUGAGUGUGUGAGGCACAAUUAUUUGGCUGUUGCAUUCAUUGGUGGCUCUUUUGAUGCUGCGAAACACAGAGAAUAGUUUCAUUUGAGCAUAUUUCCUUGGUCUCAGCUUUGGUCUCUGCAGUCAAACUCCUGUGGCCUCCCAUAAUUUGAAAAAUAUAUAUUCAGGGCUGCAAAUGCAUCAGCAUUGUAGUUUCUCUGCCAGGAAAUAGCACUGGUUCACAGGAAAAUUUAAUUGGAUGUAACAACGACUUUAGUUAAAAGUGAGGCCUGCAAAACCCUUUUAGAGAAGUGUUUAGGAAGAGCUGAGACAUAUGACACUCAUUUAUUUUUGUUUCUGAAAUGCCUUCCCACUCACAGGUUUUUGCAGUGUCUAGCAGAAAGCAAUAAAAAAUUCUAUGAGGAUCAGUUAACAAUUAAAAUACUUAAUAGAAAAUCACUUAACACAACAGCCUCUGGCAAGUUCACAUCAGUGAUGACAAAAUUCUGCUCUUGCAAGAUUUUUGAACAAAAAAGAUCUGAUAAAAUUCCUGAAAAAGAGGGAGUUGGCCAGCUGGGCCUCAUUUGUGUGGGGUCACAAUGAUGAUACCACCACUGAGAAAUCCCUCUCCUUGGUAACUGUUUGCUGGGAUUUAGUUGGUAAGAGCAGUCAUAAGUCGUCCUCAGCAGCUCUUAAAAUAUGUGGGGUUACGUUAAGGCAAAGAUUCUUCUUCAGCUGUUCUGGAAAUAAAGGAAGGUUGUGGAACCUGCCCUUCCAGAUGUAAAGGGACUCCAAAUCCCAUCAGCUCUAGCCAGGAUGGCCGCUGGUCAGGGAUAUUACAUCAGAAGUAGAACAGGUGGAUGGAUGUACCUUGCCCAAAAUAGCCUGAUGGGCCCGAUGGUGGUGUGAAUUAGGCCUAUGGGCCAGAGGUUCCUAACCCCAUGUUACAUUAAUAUCCUGUCACUCCCAAUAGUAGAGCUACCACAGUGAAAUAAUCAUUGGAGAGCUUUUUAUAUUUCCGAUCGGGAAGCUGGAAUUUUCAUUGUUGCUGUAUGAUUUACAGAACUAGGGUUGCCUAAUCUUCUACACGGAGAUUAGCUUGCAUUUCUGCAGUGAAUAAGGCAAUGUUUUUCUGUUGUAAAGCACUUAAGUGACAUUACGUUUGGGACACGAUUUAUGCUCAAAACUUGGCUUCCUAAUAUUCUUGUUGGCUGCUAUUAUAAGCGUACCCAAAAUGUUCCCUGAUCUUAAAGUGCUUUAAGUUGUUUAAGCUUUUUUCAGAUCAGCUUUCAGUUCGUGAUAAUGGAUUAUGCUACAGAGGAAAUCCUCGUGAAGUGCAAAUUAAAUCUUUGUCAAAUAAUGGAUUGGGUGGCUUUGGGGUGCAUACAUUUGAAAGGAAGCUGGCUGCUCAGUAUUGUGUAUGUUGUAUCUCCAGUUAAUACGAUGUGUUUAAAGCUGGAAUUAAUUUGUAAAACUGAUUGUGUUCUUUGGAUUUUUCAGGCCACAUAGUUGAGUAAGGUGGAUGUUUUAGUUGUGGUGUGUGUGUAUGUGUAAUACCUACCCAUCCUCUUAAAAUUUGAGGACUGUCAACAGAUUCCAGCCAAGCAGCUGCCAUAUUUGAAUUAGUUUAUUUCUAUCAAAGUAAGUCAUAAUGCAGAAAUCAUGGAGAAGGCACACGGCUCAAUGGAAGAGACCUGUUAUGUGUGCAGAAUGGCCUGCAUCAGAUCCAUGGCACCUUCUGCUCAAAGGGCUAGAUGAGCAGCCCUGCUGGAUCAGGCCAAAGGCCUGCCAUUGUUCAGGAUUCUGCCAUUGCCAACAGGAUGUCUAGGUGAAGAUCACACCGGGAGAUCCGGGUGCAACAACACCUGUGAUUCCCAGCUACAGCCAUACCGAGGCAUUCUGCCUUAGACAGUGGAGGUAGCCAUUCAUAACCUUACCCUCCACAAGGUACCAAGUGAUGGGAAAAGCCAGUGUGGUGUAGUGGUUAAGAGCAGUAGAUUCGUAAUCUGGGGAACUGGGUUCGCGUCUCCGCUCCUCCACAUGCAGCUGCUGGGCUAGUCACACUUCUCUGAAGUCUCUCAGCCCCACUCACCUCACAGAGUGUUUGUUGUGGGGGAGGAAGGGAAAGGAGAAUGUUAGCUGCUUUGAGACUCCUUAGGGUAGUGAUAAAGCGGGAUAUCAAAUCCAAAAUCUUCAUCUUCUCUUCUUCUUCUGUCUGUGCCAGACAGUCUGCUGCCAGUCAGAAUAAACAAUACUAGGCUAGUUGGACUCAUGCUCUGACUCCCUGUUUUCAAAUUAUUUUUCGCUGGGCAAAUCAGUGUCUCUAUUUUACUGGGAUUUUUCUUCAGGGGAGGUCUUUGAAGACAUGGUUUUUAAAAAGUCAGAAAUGCCCAAAGAUGACUGAGCAUACUUAGUGGCUACAGGCAACUGGAAGAAAAAGGAAAGUGUGUGUGUAUAAUGGAGUAUCCUUUAAGAAGUUAUGGUAGAUAUUCCCAGGGAUAUUCCCAGGGGAACUGAAAGAGGCAGUGGUGCGCCCGCUCUUAAAGAAAACAUCAUUAGAUCCCUUAGAUCUAUCCAAUUACCGCCCGGUUUCGAAUCUUCCAUUCCUGGGUAAGGUGAUUGAGAGAGCGGUUGCUGAACAGCUUGGUAGGUUUCUGGAUGAAACAUCGGCUCUCGAUCCAUUUCAGUCCGGCUUCCGCGCUGGUCAUGGGACCGAGACGGCUCUGGUCGCCCUAACAGAUGAUCUCCGCAGGCAGCUGGAUCGAGGCGGGUCGGGGCUGCUGAUUCUUCUAGACCUGUCAGCAGCCUUCGACAUGGUCGAUCACGAACUCCUGGACCACCGCCUUGCCGACGUGGGGAUCCAGGGCACAGUCCUUCAAUGGCUGCGCUCGUUUCUCUCUGGUCGGGGACAGAGGGUGGCGCUUGGGGGGAAUUGUCAUCGCGCCACUCCUUGGUGUGUGGAGUGCCUCAGGGUGCGAUUCUCUCCCUGAUGCUUUUUAACAUCUUUAUGCGCCCCCUUGCCCAGCUUGUCCGGAGUUUUGGGCUGGGUUGCCAUCAGUAUGCCGAUGACACCCAACUCUAUCUGUUGAUGGAUGGCCAUCCUGACUCGGCCCCAGACACACUGACCAGAUGUCUGGAAGCUGUGGCUGGAUGGUUACGUGGGAGCCGGUUGAAGUUAAAUCCUUCGAAGACAGAGGUCCUCUGGCUGGGACGGGGUGAUAUGGGAUUGAGAGGGCAACUCCCAUCUCUUGCGGGGUGCAAUUAGUGCCAGCAUCGUCCGUUAAGAGUUUGGGUGUAAUCUUCGAUACCUCCCUCUCUAUGGAGGCGCAGAUUACAGCUAUAACAAAGGCGCAUUUUUUCAUCUCCGCCAAGCUAAGCAGUUGGCUCCUUAUCUCUCUCGCCCUGGCCUAGCCACUGUGAUCCAUGCGACGGUCACCUCCAGACUGGAUUAUUGUAACUCGCUCUACGUGGGGCUGCCCUUGAGACUGACCCAGAAACUCCAGCGGGUGCAGAAUGCUGCGGCGAGACUCCUUACGGGGUCUUCGCUGCGAGAUCACAUUCAUCCGGUACUAUACCAGCUGCACUGGCUCCCGGUGGAGUACAGGAUCAGGUUUAAGGUGCUGGUUUUAACCUUUAAAGCCCUAUACGGCCUAGGACCCUCGUACCUACGGGACCGCCUCUCCUGGUAUGUCCCACAGAAGAACUUACGGUCUGCAAAUAAAAACAUCCUGAAGAUCCCAGGCCACAGAGAGGUUAGGCUGGCCUCAACUAGAGCCAGGGCUUUCUCGGCCGCGGCUCCAAUCUGGUGGAACGCUCUGUCACAAGAGACUAGGGCCUUGCGGGACCUGACAUCUUUCUGCAGGGCCUGUAAGACAGGGCUGUUGCACCAGGCCUUUGGUCAGGGCGCAGCCUGACCCCCUCCUCUGGCAAUCUGCACAGAAUUUUGCUUAAUGGUUGCCAUCAAUUUGAUUUUAAUUAAUUUUUAUAAUGAAAGGUUUUUAGAAUGUUGGAUUAUUUUGAUUGUUGUUAGCCGCCCUGAGCCCAGCUUCGGCUGGGGAGGGCGGGGUAUAAAUAAAAUUUAUUAUUAUUAUUAUUACCGUAUUUUUCGCACCAUAGGGCGCACCGGACCAUAGGGCGCACCCAGUUUUUAGGGGGGGGAAAUCAAGGAAAAAAAUAUUUCCCCCCCCAGCCCCAAAGAGGCUGCACACAACCUCUCCCUGCCAGAGGGGUUGUGCGCAGCUAUGGAAGAAGGCAAGGCAGCAAGCGGGAUGGAUCCCGCCGCUGUUUUGCCUUCCCUUUGCCCCGUGCAGCCUCUCCUUGCCGGGAGAGGCUGCGUGGGGCUAGAAGCCAUAGCCCCGUGCAGCCUCUCCUUGCGGAGGGGUUGCGCGCAGCUAUGGAAGAAGGCAAGGCAGCAAGCGGGAUGGAUCCCGCUCGCUGUCUUGCCUUCCUUUAGUCCCGUGCAGCCCUCCUUGCCGGGAGAGGCUGCGUGGGGCUAGAGAGCCAUAGCCCCGUGCAGCCUCUCCUUGCGGAGGGGUUGCGCGCAGCUAUGGAAGAGGCAAGGCAGCGAGCGGGAUCCAUCCCGCCGCUGCUUUGGCUUCCCCCUUAGCCCCGUGCAGCCUCUCCUUGCCGGGAGACGCUGCGCAGGGCUAAAGAAGCCAUAGCCCCGUGCAGCCUCUCCCUGCCGGAGGGGUUGCGCGCGGCUAUGGCACAAGCCUGCAUUCACUCUAUAGGACGCACACACAUUUCCUCUCAAUUUUUGGAGAGGAAAAACUGCGUCCAAUAGAGCGAAAAAUACGGUAUUAUUAUUAUUAUUAGACUGGCUGGAACCCUGAGCAGGAGCACCGUACCUGGCAACAUUUUGUUGCACUUAACAUUUGUAGCUUACCAUAUCAAAGCUGACUUUUAGAUACCCUAUUUGUUGAGCUACACCCUGCUUUGUUUGUACCUAGUUUGCUGGCAGGUUUGACGACAUUGGUUAUUAUUAUUAUUUUUAGCCUUAAUUCCUGUUUGAUUGCAGAGAGGUUAUACGACACAGCAUCAAUUGACUGUUAUCCAGUGCAUUUUCCCAUCACUUCCCUUAUUGCAAAAUGUUCCAGUUUGGGGAAGGAAGUAGACUUGUUGCACAAGGGCAGUACAUCAACGUUAAUUGUGCAACCUGAAUCUGCUGGUAUGUGAUCAACUGUCACCUGAAAAUGCUGACAUUCUCGAAGCACACUAGGCAUGCAAGAUUGUAAUAAUCGUGUACCUUUUUGCCCCUCCUCGAUUUCCAUGUCCUGCCUUUGUUGACACGCUUGUCCUAGUUUCUGGAUUGUAAAUUCUGUGGAGCAGAGAACUGUUCCCUCAUUCUUUGUAAAACAAGAUGUACAUGAGUGGUGCUCUAGAAAAGAAAUAAACUGUGGCACACCAUUGGCCUGACAGCACUUAAGAGGAGAAGUAGAACUUCCUUCUUCUGGUUACCUGGAGGUAGUUCUUACAUGACCGUGGGCAUGUGGCCAUUGACCAGCCUGGUGAAAAUCUUAUUCUGAAGCUUGGCUUUUAAUCUGGAAAAGAGUGAACAAAUAUUUUGCUUGCUCUGUUUUGUUUUAAAUAGAAAAGGCUACAGAUGGCUCCCUCCAGAGUGAAGACUGGACACUUAACAUGGAGAUAUGUGACAUCAUCAAUGAGACAGAAGAAGGGUAUGUGUGUCUUUGUCUGUCUGUGACUAUGGAUAGCACAGGGCAAAAAGCAGAAUUGCUUGCUGAGUGCUGGUGUGAGUGGUGUUGUUGUUGUUUUUAAUCAGCUGGGUGUUACUGCGCUGGCAUUCCUUUUCACCAGAAGGUGUUUACAUGCAGUGUUAUAGUUCAUUUGUAGAAUGCCUUAUUUGUAAGGUUUGAUUUCCAUAAAUUCCAGGAGGGCAGAGCGCUCUUCUGCUUAUGUUCUGCUUGCGGGUUUCCCACAGGCACCUGUUUUACCACUGCAAGAACAGGAUGCUGGACGAGGUGGGCCAUUGGCCUGAUCCAGCAGGCUCUUCUUAUGUUACCAUUGUCUCUUCUUUCCCUUCCCCACAUGAGGGGACAAUAUGUUCACCUGAGCACUCCAGGGAGAUUAUAAAGACUGCAUGUUAAGGAAAAGCCAAGCAGUUAUUGACAAAGCAUAGCUCAGCUUCUGCUGCUUGUUACAGAUGGUUCUGAGUUUCCCCUUCUGAGCACAUUGAUGGUGUCAGGGUCAGCAGAACAAUGGCUUUCUUCUCAUAACAUUGUUUGCAUCUUAAUAAUAAUAAUAAAAUAAAUUUUUAUUUAUACCCCGCCCUCCCUGGCCAAGACCGGGCUCAGGGCGGCUAACAUCAAAUAUAAAUACAGUAAAAACAUUAAAAACAAAACAAACAACAAAACAAACAGGUGAUUAAAAUAUAAGUUAGAAUACAGUUUAAAAUGCAGCUUAAAAUGAAGCCUCGUUUUAGUGGUAGCCUAUAGAUCAAAGCCAUAAGGAGAGAAAACGUCAAAUAUUCACUGGGGCCAACUAUCCGUGCUGGUCCUACAUGGGCCAGCAAAAAGAGCCAAGGGAAAAUUGAUAUACAAAAUCCCAUAUAAGGGGUUCCAUUAAAAAAAAAAAUGAGAGGGAGGGGUUUUAGACUAAGUCCAGCCCAAAGGCCAAGUGGAACAGCUCCGUCUUGCAGGCCCUGCAGAAAGAUGUCAAAUCCCGCGGGGCCCUAGUCUCUUGUGAAAGAGUGUUCCACCAGGCCAGGGCCAGAGCUGAAAAGGCCCUGGCCCUGGUUGAGGCCAAUCUAACCUCCUUGGGGCUUGGGACUUCCAAAGUGUUGUUAUUUAUGGACCUUAAGGUCCUCCACGGGGCAUACCAGGAGAGGUGGUCCCGUAGGUACAAGGGUCCUAGGCCGCAGUACUAGUCUGGUUGCUUCUGCCUGGCCCAAAACAAACUCACUUGUUUUUCGUUGCAUUUGAAGAGGUUCAAAAGCUGUGGGAAAGGUACAGUCCUAGUUUUUUUGAGAACAUUACUGUAGCUAAGCACACUGACCUGCAGCCUAGGAGUCUCCCUGCCCCUCUCCCACAUGUCUGGAAGGAGGAAUUCAGAAACUUUACCUCUCACUCAACAACAGUUUGACUUGCUGACCAGAGCAACUAACUUUGGUUGUUUCAGACAAGCCAACUCCAAACCAUGGUUUACAAAGCUGACUUUUUGAAACUAACCAUAGUUAAUGUGAACCAAAGUUCCCAGUUUAGAUUACUUGUUAAGCUGUAGUUAAUGAGGAGCAGAAGCCUCCAAGCUUCUUGUCCUGUGCAGCUGAGAAGCCAAAGAAGGGAGUGUUAAGCACAAGGGCUGAAGGAUUGCUGCAGCCAAUUUUUGCGUGUGCAUAUUGCACUCAGGCAUGGUCUCGGGUGAUGUGCAAGUACAGUUUCUGUCUCCAAACCCUAAGGGUUCAAAUAAUGUGCACUUGAGCUAACAUUAGAACUGCAGUAUUGCCUUUACUGUGAGAAGUGCAGUUACUUGUAACUGUCCCUUAUCUGUGGUUCUGUGUUUUCCCCGUCAGCCCAAAGGAUGCCAUCCGAGCGCUUAAGAAGAGGUUGAAUGGAAACAAAAACUACAGGGAAGUAAUGCUAGCUCUAACGGUGAGUAGCGUGUGCAAGUGGAUGUGAUUCAGGGGUCAGCAUUUGGGAGACCUCCAAAACAAAUCUGCUCUCCCCCUCUUCCUCUUACCAACUUGGAACAAGAAAAGGUGUGCAGAAAGUGGCAGUCUUCUUAGAUAGGCAUGUGAUUUAUAACAAUCUCAACUGCAGCAUCGGAAAGCAUGAAAUACUAACAGGCAUCUGUAGCCACAUUGGAGGAGGAAGAUUUAAGGCCAGUGGUCCACAAAUGAUGAUUAUUAUUCUACUUUUUAUUAGGCUCCUGCAGCCGUAGCAGCCAACUCCUAGGGGCCGUUGGGGGCUUUGACCCCCCACAAUAAAAUAUCUGUGGGGGUUGAGCCCCCACAAAGUUGGUGGGCAUUCCCAUUCAAAUGGUGUGUGUGCACUGUGUCAUGUGAUAGAUUAUGUGGGCCAGGGCUUAACCUGCGUCCCCACAAUAUUUUAUUGGAGUUGCCUCCCUGACUGGAGCAUUUCAUCGAUAUGAGAUCCACUUGUAUAUUAGAGUUUUCAUUAGGAUAACCAAAUUUUACUCAUCAGUGCAGAUAGGGAAUUUUGUGCACCAGUUCCAGAACUAAAAGUGAAAAGGUAAAGGACCCCUGGACAGUUAAGUCCAGUCAAAGGCGAUUAUGGGGUUGUGGCAUUUGUCUGCUGGCAGCUUUCUGGGUCAUGUGGCCAGCAUGACUACACCGCUUCUGGCGCAACGGAACACCGUGACAGAAGCUAGAGCGCAUGGAAAUGCCAUUUACCUUCCCGCUGCAGCGGUACCUAUUUAUCUACUUGCUCUGGUGUGCUUUCAAACUGCUAGGUUGGCAGGAGAUGGGACAGAGCAACAAGAGCUCACCACCAUCACACAGAUUUGAACCACCGACCUUCCAAUCGGCAAGCCCAAGAGGUCUAAACCACAGUUCCAGAAGUAUAAGAAGUAAAGCCCUGCCAUGUGGCAUAAAAGUGCUCUGGUGCCUCUGAUCCACUAGAGACAUUCAAAUUAAGAAUAAUCUUUUCUGUGAUUGCCAGGGCUCAUGUAUUUUUGUUCCACAAUUUUUGACUGGCCUUUGGUGGACAGCCAAAACAGGCUGAGCACCAGGAUUCUGUGGGUACCAGAAUUCUGUGUCUCCAAAGCACAAAGUGACAUCAGGAGCAAUUCCCCAUUCACCCGGGGGGGUGGGACUAUCUACACAUGGAAGUGGGGUGGGCAGUUGUUGCUGCAGUGCUCCAAGCAUUUCAGAAGUGCAGUGGGUGCACUUGGAGAAAAGCGGUAAGGAUUUUUCCCUUCACAGCACUGAGCUUUGGAGGUAAUCAGAAGCCUUGUGUGAUUGUGGGGCAGUUCCCCACCUCCCCUCUCCAGGACUGAGCUUGUUCUUCUGCAUUUACUGCACAGAGCUCCUAUGAGAGCCAGUUUGGUGUAGUGGUUAAGAGCGGUGGACUCGUAAUCUGGUGAACCGGAUUCACGUCUCUGCUCCUCCACAUGCAGCUGCUGGGUGACCUUGGGCUAGUCACACUUCUUUGAAGUCUCUCAGCCCCACUCACCUCAAAGAGUGUUUGUUGUGGGGGAGGAAGGGAAAGGAGAAUGUUAGCCGCUUUGAGACUCCUUCGGGUAGUGAUAAAGUGGGAUAUCAAAUCCAAACUCCUUCCCCUUUUCUUCAUCUUCUUCUUCUUCUUUGAAACAUAGUGCCCAAAGAAACCAUAGUUUUUAUCCCAGUUAGGGAUGUCCCCCACCCCGAGCUGGGAGGAAGGCUAGGGGCUCACCAUGCUCCCUAGAAAAUGGCAGAACACUGGCCAUGGUGAGUGAAAUGAUUAAUCCCCUGGACUAGCACCAUGGGCUACUCCUUUCUCAAAGUGUCCCCACGCUCCUGGACAUUAGCUACUGUCCAUGGCAAUGAAUUUCUUCCUUGCAUGCGUUCACCAGCUUUCUUUGCUCCACCAGUAAUGAUGUUUUUUCCCUACACACAGGUACUGGAAACAUGUGUGAAGAACUGUGGCCAUCGCUUUCAUGUCCUAGUAGCAAACCGUGACUUCAUAGAUGGUGUCCUGGUGAAAAUCAUCUCUCCCAAGAACAACCCACCCACCAUUGUCCAGGAUAAAGUACUUGCACUAAUUCAGGUCUGUCACUGAGCUUUUGUUUCUGCCAUCUGAGUGAUAAGCAAUAUUAGUCAAAAGUAGGCUCUCUCUCUCUAUAUAUAUAUAUAUUAGUUUUUAUUAUUAUUGAAAAAAUACAAACAAUAAAUAAUAGUUUAUUGGUCACCAGAUACAAAGCAAAAUACAAAUGUGUAUAAGGAAGAAAAUAAUACCAACAUGUUAAGUUAAAUAGCCAAGUCAAAAAGAUGUGUGAGUUACAGGGGUCUAGGUUCUUCCAGAUGACAGUUAAUAAAAUAAACAAACAUAAAUCAAUCAAUCAAUCAGCAUUUAAAGUAUCUUUUAAAAUUUCCUCCUUGCAUCACUCUAUUGUGUAUCUACGUUUAUCAGCCAAAGCCAAGUACCAUACUCUUAACUUACCGUAUUUUUCGCCCUAUAGGAUGCACUUUCCCCCCUCCAGAAAUGAAGGGGAAAUGUGUGUGCGUCCUAUGGGGCGAAUGCAGGCUUUCGCUGAAGCCUGGAGAGCGAGGGGGGUCGGUGAGCACCGACCCCUCUCGCUCUCCAGGCUUCACGAAGCUAUCCGCUAGCCGUGGGAGACACAGCUAUCCCACGGCUAGCAGAGAGCUUGCCUGCACCCAGAAGCUUGGGGCGCACUGAGCUCAGCACGCCCCAAGCUUUGGGCUUCGCACAGCUCUCCGCUAGCCGUGGGAGAGCUGCACGACUUCGCACAGCUCUCCCACGGCUUGUGGAUAGCAGCCUGUUCUGGGGGCUGGAGUCGGGGGAAGCUUGGGCUUCCCCUACCCCAGCCCUGCACCUGGGGGGGGAAAAAUAUUUUCCCCCCCUUUAUUCCCCCCCCCAAAAAAAAACCUAGGUGCGUCCUAUGGGCUCGUGCGUCCUAUGGGGCGAAAAAUACGGUGCCUUUUGUGGGUAGUCCAUCUGCCUGCAUCCUUCCAAUGUACCCCUGGCUCCACAAGGAGGGGGUUUAUCAGAUUCUUACAAGGGAGAUCCCUGUUUCACCCUCUAAAUAAAGAGAGCAAAGCUAAUCCCGGUUCUGUUUCAAUAUCUCUGUGAAGGAGAUCAGUAAGCCUUGCAAAAAUGUCCUGCCAACAUUUCUGAGCUUUUUGACACUCCUUCCAGAGAUGGAUCAGCAUACCAAGAAUUUGACAUCCUCUCCAACAAAGGGAUGAUAAUUAAUAUAAUGAAGUCUUGCAGGUGUCCAAAUGCCAUUGAUGCACAAAUUUCAACACGGCUUCCUUAAUUUCAGCAGAUUUGUUCUUAAAAAGGGGGUGCACGCCACGAAGCCACCCCUUCCUUCCUGUCAGAAAUAAUCCCCUGAAUAUCAGCUUCCCACAAUUUAUUUAUUUACUUGCUACAUUUAUAUAGCACUUUUAUCUUCCAAGGAGCUCAAGGCGAUGUGCGUGGUUCUGUUCCCUGUUUCAUCCUCACAGCAACCCUGUGAAGUAGAUUAGGCUGGAAGUGAGUGACUGGCCCAAGGCCACCCAGGGAGCUUCAUGACGGAGUGGGGAUUCAAGCCCUUUUCUCCCAGGUCAUAGUCUGACACUCUAACCUUUAAGAUGCCUGGUUGUUCCUUUGUGGCCACUUCUUUACCUGCCCCAGAAUUAAUGUCAUGUAUGAAAUCAUAUGGGGGUGAGCUGGCACAAAUCCAGCCUCCUGUUGGGCCUAAUUUGCCCCCCCCAAGUCAGAAUUUCCUCACUCCCCACCCCACUCUCUAGUCCUGUCGCCCACAGCCUGACUAUAUUAGGUGAAAGCCAGUAGGUCAGAGGACUACUCUGUGUUUCUAUUGAUCAUGGGGUCUACAGGCUGCUGAAAGUCCUCAUUUCUGUGAAGGAUAACUUACGGAGCAGCUCAAAAGCAGCCAUGUUGGCCCAUGAGAAAAAUCUCCCAAAAUCUACAUUACAAAAGUGUGGCAAGCUAUUUAGUUCUUCAGAACUUUCAUCGGGCAGGCAAGACGUUAAAGCCGAUCAGUGAGUGAGGGGAACUUGAAACUGAGUCUACCGCAUGACUAUGAUGUGGCUAUGAUAUUGGGUGUGUGUGUUUUGUUUUGUUUUUCUUCAUCCCCCGCUUUGUGUAAGGAAUUGCUUUGGAGAGGGAGGGGAUUCAGCCCCCAGCCCCCGCUCCCCCUGCCAAAUCCUCAUUGAGGCAGUUUUUCAGAAAAGGGAAAGAUGAUGAGAGAUCCAGCUGUUUAUCUCCAGGGUAUCCUUAUCAGGAGUGGAGUGAUGGAUAGAGAAGGGACUGUUUUAAUCUUUUCCCUCCUGCACCAUGGUCCCAAUGAGAAUCCACCCCAGCAUCCUCCAACAUUUGGGACCAGGGCAGGGGGUGGACUGCCCAGUUGGCUUCAGAAUGUCAUUUGGCUUCUAGAAAUCUGGAAGCAGCAGAGUUGCUAUUUUUGCUUACAGCCUGAAGCAGAACAGCAAUUACUGGCUGCUGCUAAAUUGUCCAUGUCUGGAAGCAGCCCAAAAUGCUGCUGUGCCGUUAACGUGUGCUUUUCCUGGCCUUUCGCUUGUAAAUAAAAAAUGGCACAACGCUCCAAGGGAGUGAGAAUUGCUUCUGCAGGAAGGACGCCUUCUGUUGUAAUUUAGGGACGAUUCCUUGGAAACUGGCUUGGCCAAUUCGGGCGGAUCUUGCCAAUCAAAGAUCAAGUGCCCUCUGCUCAAGUAGGAUUGGCUGGCAACACCCUUGUGGCGGAGAAUUGAUGCUUUUAAUUAACCUUAUUGGAAGAUGAAGCUGUAAGAACACAAAUAAUGAUGCACUCACACAGCAAGGCUUUAUUUGUGUGCUUCCUGAGAAACUGAUCCAUGAGAGUUUUCUUUUUUUGCACUUAAGUGGCAUAUAAAUUUUAUGAAAUAAAUGAAUCACAUACUACUUUUUUCAUUCACAACUUUGUUUCCUUAUCAUUGAUACAUUCAGAAUGUUUUUAACUGUAACUGCUUUUAGAUGCUCUAAUUCAGGCACAGGCAAACUCAGCCCUCCAGAUGUUUUGAGACUACAACUCCCAUGAUCCCUAGCUAACAGGGCCAGUGGUCAGGGAUGAUGGGAAUUGUAGUCCCAAAACAUCUGGAGGGCAGAGUAUGCCUGCUCUAAUUGCUAUUGUUUUUAGAAUGUUCUUGCUUUCUUCUUGUUUUUACAUUGUGUAUCUUUUUGCUGCUCUGGGCUCCUUGGGGCAGGAUAUAAAUUCAGUAAAUAAUUACAUUUAUUUACUGCAUUUGGUAAAUGUCCUGAUGUGGCACCCUUGAACUUUCAGUUGACCCUUUGUGGCCUUAUUAGAAACCUUUCGGGCUUUUCUCAGGCUUUAACCCCUCCCACAGUCACCAUACAGCCCUGAGACACUGUGAUUGAAGAAAUACUGUUCACGUCUGUACAGUCGUGCCUUGGUUGUCGAACAGAAUCUGUUCCAGAAGUCUAUUUGACUUCUGACAAAGUUUGACAACCAAGGCGCGGCUUCCGACUGGCUGGAGGAGCUUCCUGCGCACAAUCGGAAGCCGGGAAAGCCGCGUUGGACGUUCGGGUUCCAAAGAACGUUUGCAAAGCGGAACACUCACUUCCGGAUUUGCGGCAUUCGGGAGACAAAACGUUCGAGUCGCAAGGCUCCAAGGUACGACUGUACAGUGGACGCUUGGGUUGUGAAUGUGAUCCAUGCGGGAUGCAUGUUCGCAACCCGCAGGGGCGCGUCUGUGCACGCGCGGGUUGUGAUUCAGCACUUCUGUGCAUGCGCAAAGUGCAAUUUAGCGCUUCUGUGCAUGUGCAGCCGCUGAAACCCGGAAGUAACCUGUUCUGGUACUUCCGAGUUUCGGCGGGUCUGUAACCCAAAAAAACGCAACCUGAAGCGUCUGUAACGCGAAGUAUGACUGUACUAUAUACUCACAAGAAAUGUGGUCUCCUUCAGAGUAGAAAUAACAGACCCAAUUUCACGAUAGAAGGGAACUGUGGAUUGAGUUCCUUGCAACACUCUGUUUCUUUUGCAGGCCUGGGCUGAUGCCUUUCGAAGCAGCCCUGAUCUAACUGGGGUGGUCCACAUUUAUGAAGAACUCAAAAGAAAAGGGAUUGAGUUUCCAAUGGCUGAUCUGGAUGCUUUGUCUCCAAUACACACACCGCAGAGAGUAAGUGGGCAGUGUUGUCUGCUUUUCUUCCUUUUUUUGUAGAGGAGGAGAAACGAUUAGAGGAUCCCUGCCUUCCGCCUUCCCUGCCCUUUUGGCUAAAGAGCAUGAUAACGACAGCAGCACAAUCUUUCGGUGAAUACUGUAUUUCUGAGUGUUUGCACAUUGUCUUCUGCUAGAGCGUUCCUGAGGUUGACCCAGCUGCCAGCAUGCACAGGUCCCAGUCUCAGCAAAGGAUGAACUCCAGUUCCUAUUCAUCUCCUUCUCCAACGGCGUACUCUGCUCCUCAGGCCCCAGCUUUGAAUGUGACCGGCCCCAUCACAGCAAAUACAGAGCAGGUAUUGUCUGAGCAGGUACUGUAGAAGGCAUUCCCGCCUCCAGAACCUUUUAAAAAUCAGACUGUGAAAUGCAUGCAGCUUCUGUAAAGGGUUGCAUUCCCCCCCCUUUUUUUAAAAAUAGAUUGCACGACUGCGGAGUGAACUGGACGUUGUUCGUGGAAACACCAAAGUGAUGUCUGAAAUGCUCACAGAAAUGGUCCCUGGGCAAGAAGAUUCAUCAGACCUUGAGUUACUGCAGGUAAAUGUGUUGUAACCAAAGUAUAAACAUAGUAGAUUCAGGGCAGGAGAAAGGUUCCCCACCCUCAUCCGUUUGCUGCCGCAAGGUAUGAUGAUGGCUACUAGCUGAGAAGCCUUUCGAAAGGAGUUUAGACAUGUUUGCAGGUGGCCAUUGGCCCUGGUGGCUAAACAAAGACUCCAUGUUCUCUGAAUACCAGUUACUGGGGAUCGGGGGGUCAUGAGUAAGGGUGGGCUGUUUCCUUCAUGUCCUGCUAGCAGACUUUUCGGAAACCUCUGCUUUAAGAGGCAGAAUGCUGAACUCAUUGGAUCUUCAGUCACAGCCACACCAUACUUUUAAAGCACUCCUAUGCUACUUUAACCACCAUGGCUUUUUGCAAUGAAAGCUGGGAACUGCUAGGGUGUUCAAGGGUCUAUCAGUGUCCAGGGUCCAGGGUCCAGGGUCUUUACAGUGUCCAGGAUUCUUUGGGAGAAGCCAUGGCUGUUAAUGAGGACUGAGACUGGAUGUCGUGGCUGAAGAAUACUGUUCCCCGCAACCUCAAAAUCACUGGAUGGAAGAAUCGUUUUAAACUAUAGCUACUUUUUAAUUGCAAUAGCUUUCAGAAUGUUUUAACUGUUUUAGAACAUUGUUGCUUUGUUCUGGUUUUUGAAUUGUGUAUCUGUUCACUGCUCUGGGCUCCUCAGAGUGCAAGGGCGAGAUAUAAAUUCACUAAAUAAUAGUCUCCGUUCUGAUACAGCAGGGCUCCUCUGAUGUUUUGUGUUCCAACCCCCUGCCAAUAAUAAUAAUAAUAAUAAUAAUAAUAAUAAUAAUAAUAUAUUUGUUCCCCAGCCACUCUGGGCAGCCUCCAACAAAAUAUUAAAAAUACAUUAAAAUGUCAGACAUUAAAAACUUCCCUAAACAGGGCUGCCUUCAGAUGUUUUCUAAACAUCAGAUAGUUGUUUAUUUCUUUGACAUCAGAUGGGAGGGUGUUCCACAGGGCAGGCGCCACUACCAAGAAGGCCCUCUACCUGGUUCCCUGUAGCUUUGCUUCUCACAGGGAGAGAACCACCAGAAGGCCCUCGGAGAUGGACAUCAGUGUCCGGGCUGAGUGAUGGGGGUGGAGACACUCCUUCAGGUAUACUGGGUCAAGGCUGUUUAGGGCUUUCAAGGUCAGCACCAACACUUUGAAUUGUGCUUGGAAGCGUAUUGGGAGGCAAUGUAGAGUUGGAAGGGACCAUUUUGUCCAACCCCCUGCAAUGCAGGAAUCUUUUCCCAACAUGGGGCUUGAACUCACAACCCUGAGAUUAAGAGUUUCGUGCUCUACUGACUGAGCUAUCAGUUCUGUUCUAUCAGCUUACCUGGAAAAGGAAGGGGCAGUCUGGGAAUCAGUGUAACAAGGCGGUUGGUGGUUAGCAGUGCUAUUUUUCUAGAAAAAGAGGUGCUGGAACUCACCAUGAACAUCUUUGUCUUAGAAUUCCAGUGGUGCCCAUCUGAUAGCUGCCAGAACUGAGUUCCGGCUGGAAAAAAAGCCCUGGUUGUUAGUUGUUACCCAUCAGAAACCCAAUAAGCAGCUAAAUAAAAAGGAAAGGUUUUUAAUGGCAUACAACCAGGCGCUGCAGCAGAAUAGAGACAGACAGGCCCCGCCAGCCCUCUCUUCUCCAUCUGAAUCCAACCUUCUGAAAUGUCACAAUCUGGCUCUGAACUGAUGGGAUCAAAGCUGACAUGGUAAACUCAGCCCUCAAGCUGUGAAAGCAGCUGCGGGAAGCACGAGGCGACACUUGUCCAGGUGCAGAACGUCAGGCCAUGAGAUGCCAGGUCAACGAGGCUUGUUUUUCUUGUCAGGGGUGGGGGUGCUGAUACCACCAGCAGCAUGGCUGUCCUCGAAUGAAUGUUUAUUAUUACGGCUAAACAGCCAGAAUAGUAAAACCAGAAUUUCAGCAUAAUUUUUUACAUAAACAUUAAACCGGUCAAAGUGGAAUUUAACAAUCAAUAUACUAAUUAAAUGGAUUUAAGAUAUGUAUCCUUACAUGGCUGUCCUUAAUCCUGAAUUUCCACUCCGAAGGGGGAGGAAUGCAAAGAGGGAGGAGGCUAAUUCUUGUAUUGAAGGCCAGGGCUUCUAAAAGUGGCAGCCUUGGCAAGCACUGCUAGGUACAGCUUGGCUACAGAGGCUUGGCUGUAUUUUCAGUGGUUCAGAAUUCUAUGCUGCUAAAAGGCUGCAUUCCAUGGUAUUAUUUACCUUAUGCAAAUCUGUAUGUAUUUUAGCUUAAUUUAUCGUCCUUUAGUUAGUCACCUGGAGUUGCAAAGAGCUUCUUACGGCACUGAUGCCCAGACCACAGGAAGUCUCUUGCCACUACUGUCACCCCUUAAGAUCCUGUUGCCCAUGAAGUUAUAUCUGCAGCCAUAAGGACUAGAAACUUAAUUUUUAAAGAAUUGCUGAGGUGUUUAAGAAGUUGAACUUUUGAGCUCAGUAUUACACCCUGACCUGAUCGUUUAUGUGGAAGCCAUGUCGCCCUGGCCCUAGAGUCUUACGCUAGAUAUCUUGACAGAUAACACAGGCUUUAUAACCAGAAUUAAAUAUAUGGAGUUCUUGAUUGUUCUGACCAUCUGGCAAAUGAGCAUUCUGCCCUUCUUUUCUGCCUCCUUACAACUCUAGGAAGGGGGUAAUCUCUGCUGAAAAUGGACCCACCUUGACCCGUAGCCCCACCACAACUACAUUGUAGAAUAGCACUGUUAACCUUACUUGUGAUAAGGCACCUUUUUGGCAAGGGCUGCCCCUGCCUGGCAUGAUGUAGUUAGAUUGUGUGAGCAGGCCUAUUAUAUCUGGGCUCUGAUGCUCCCCUGUGUUGUAACUCUUGGACAUCAUCUCUUCCCCUUGAAGUUGCAAUGAUUCAUUUCUCCCAGGAGCUGAAUCGCACCUGUCGAGCCAUGCAGCAAAGGAUCGUGGAGCUCAUCUCUAGGGUGUCCAACGAAGAAGUCACAGAAGAGCUGCUUCAUGUAAACGACGAUCUGAACAACGUUUUCCUCCGAUACGAGAGGUGGCUUGCUUUUCCUCAGAAGCUCAAAUAGUUGCUUGCUUACCCUUAAGUGUGGCUUUCCCCCCUCACCGAGUAGUUCCUAAUCUUUUUGAAAAUCAGCCUUUUUAAAGUCCAGGGUGUAUCCUGUAUCAAGAGCUCAAAUUCAUCUUGCUUGUUUCCCAUACUCUGUGCAUUAGUAUAGAGACAACUGAAACCGUGAGUCAUUCCUUCCAAAUGCUUCUUUCUUGUAGUUACCUGCCCUUUAGCACGUUUCUGGAGCUAUUAACUAUUAACUCCUGUACCAGGUAUUCUCCUGUCGUCUGUAAUAUUGUCUUCCUCCCUCUCAGGAUUUAGUUUAAAGCUCCUGAUCAUUAUUUAUUUAUUCAUCUAUUUGAUUCAUUAAUUUAGUUCACUUACUCAUUAGUUAGAUAUUUCUUUCAAAUCAAUCGUCCUGAUUCCAUGCUGUUGAUGGAGCUAGAAGCCCCCUUUGAUCCAAUCUAGCUAAGAGAGCUGGAAACACCUGCUGCUGAUGUCACUUGUGGGGCUCUGGCUGCAGGUUAUCCAUCCCUGACCUACACCAGCAGCCUUUUGUAACCCAUAAUAUACUUGCAGAUGCUUUGGACUGCAACUCCUGUCAUUCCUGACCAUGGGUCAUACUGGCUCAGACUGAUGGGAGCUGGAGUCCCAAACAUCUGGAGGGCACCAGGUUGAAGAAGGCUGGCCUUCAGCAUUGUAAUGGCAGGUUUUGGGGUGAGAAAGUUGGAUGGGGUUGCUUCCAACCAUUCCUAGAGGUGUGACAGUGCAGCAACCCUUGUGAUCAUAUGCUGGUCUCUGUGGCUACAGUCGGCUUCCCACCACCCCAGCCGGAAAAAGACAGAUCCUUCCUUGUGCAUCCUGGGUUUUGUCAUAAGGCUUGCACCUUUCAAAAUUGCUACAUGCCAUUUUUAAUCUCUCCUCUUUUUUUUGUCUGCUGUAGAUUUGAGCGAUACAGGUUGGGUCGGUCUGCACAGAACGCAAGCAAUGGGGUGAGUCCUCCUGCUGGGCUUCUCUAAUAAGACAGGAUUGUCCAGUGCAAAAUUGCUAACCUUGGGCUUGGCAAAACUCAACCUUGAAAGUGAGGUGCUACUGCUGCUGCAAAGUCCUUGCCAAAACACUUUCUGAUAUUUGUGAUGAAGUUUGGAGCCCCUUUGCUCUUAAAUCAAUUGCAUUUAAGUAGGUAAAUGUGAGGUAGUUUGCUUGCAGGUUACAAAGACAGGAGCAAGCUGAGCUGAAUGGGAUAUACAGAAAUGAUCCAGAUAUCAAGCUCUUGAGAUGGUUUAAAGGGUUAUACCUUGAAAAUAAGCUGAGAUAGGAAUCGGUGUUUUCCCUUUGCAUGAGCUUCAAUUAAACCAGGAUGCCUCUAAUUAAACCUAGUUUCUUGUUCCAUCCAAACAGGGAAAUCAUGGUUUACCAACUUCAAUAUCCUGGCUUGUUCCGAAGCUGGUAUCCAUAGUUUCCCAGUUUGGAAACAAUGGUUUGCUGAAGAUUUUCUGGUUUGAUGGUUCAUACCAUAAAGAGAAAGGUAAAACGACUGUCUGUGUGGGCAAAAGACUGACAUUUAACUCAAAUGCUAUCAAAUGUGUUUCAUUAAUCCCAACAAGACUGCCCAUUUUAUUUCUCCCCCUUUCCUCCCCACUGCUUCUUUUUUCUCCACUACCUCACCCAAAUUCCAUAAGCAGAAAACUCAAGUAUAUUAACUUUGCAUUUUGGAGAAGGAAAGGAUUUUGCAGAACUUUGACCUCUUUGGCUGCAGUAUGAUCGGCGAGGAAUUAAAAAAUGGGUUUAGAGUAUGAGGGUCUGUAUACUUAGUAAAAAAAAAGAAGAAACACCACCCUGUAUAGUAUUAAAAAAUUAACAGCUUUCCUGAUACGCUGUCAGAAUAAAUUAUACAAAUGAAGUAAAUGUUGGACUAGAAAUUCAAGAAGCCAAAUUCCAUACCUGGUGUUGGAGACAAAGAGGGAGGCAGAUCCCUAUAGCUUUCUCUGGGCUUAGAUAAAGCAGCCUUCCCCAAACUGGUGCCCUCCAGAUAUUGUUGUGCUUCUGCCAGCUCAAGCCACCAUGUCCAAUGGUUCCCAAUGAUGGGGGUUGUUAUCCAGCCACAGCUGGAGGAUAGCAGGCUGGGGAAGGCUGGUGUAGGGCUUCCUGAAUCGUAGCCGUGUUCGAGAAAGGCUCUGCCUCUCUGACUAGCACUGUCCCAUGGAAUGCAUCUACCUUAUGUGACCGCUUCUGGUGUCCCAAUUGGCUCAACAGGUUCUCAGCGAGGUGACUGAAGACAACUUAAUAGACCUGGGGCCUGGCUCCCCGGCAGUGGUCAGCCCCAUGGUUGGAAACACGGCGCCGGCAUCCACACUUUCGACCCAACUCGCUGGGCUUGGUAUGUGUUUUGCCUUUCCAGGUGUGCUGGGAACUGGUGUAGUAUGGAGCUAGUCCACAGCGCACUCCCCUGGAGAUUCUUCCAUGUUUCAGGUUCCUGAAGAAGGUCACAUGGCUCUGACAAGUCGUGCUUGCAGUAAAGGGUGGCGUCCCAUCUUGUCCUGGAAGCUUAUGAUGUCCACAUCUGUCCAUCUUAUAAACAGAGUGGAGUCUACUGCUCUUUUUGCAAUCCUGCUCAAAUGGGACUGUCUGAGCCAAAUUGCAGGUCAUGAUACGCUGAGUGCUGAGUUAGGCUAACCCCUCCUCGCUGCAUCUGCAUCAUACAGUUAAGGCACUUCGCUUCCCCCCAAUAGAAUCUUGGGAACUGUAGUUUACCCAUCACAGGGCUACAAUUUCUAGCAUCUUUUACAAACUAUAGUUCCCAGGAGUCUUUGGGUGAAUCCAUGUGCUUUAAAUGUAUGAUCUGGGUGUAACCUCUGUUGCAAAGCGCCCUUGGACAUCAGAGGGGUGAGGAAGAAUGGGGUGCUUAACCCUUUCCCCUCCACUAACUCCCUUUCCUUUAGGGAAACAUGUUGUCUUUUCUCUCUCCCCCUCCUUGCUGAAAAAAAGGGCUUCAGAUCUAUGUUUGCCUCACAAGCCUAGAUGUUGGGAUCCUGUGGAGAGGUGGAGAGUGAGUUUCAAGGGCAAAGUAGCUGGUGGAGGAAGCAUCCCCUCCCCUCCCGCAGCUUCUCUGCUUCACAUCAUCCCCUCCAGAGAAUGUAUAGCAAUGGAGACAUAAGUAGCCAAUGAGCUAACGUUUCACAAAGCUGUGCUUCCAUGUUCAGUCUGAUGCUUCCAUCCACUGGAGAUGCGUAGCUGUAUGUCCAACUCUAGACUCGGUGGUUGGGAGAGGGUGCUGCAGGUGUGCCUAGAACCAGUCUUUGGGACAGAGCAAAAUGUUCAAAGCAAAAAUGUGCCUUCUUCCAUCUGGCUGGCUCAUGUGGCGGCUUCUCCUACAGCAAGGAUGGGGAAUCGCAAGCGUGAAGGCCAAAAGCAGCCCCCGAGACACCUCUUAUCUGGCCGCUGAGACUCUCACAGGCCAGCCCUGUUUUGAAGCCUUCUUGAGUGUUUCUGCUUGGCAUGUGUCUUUGGAGUCUAGUAAUGGCUCUUUCUUGCCUGAAUGGAGGCUCGAGAGGGGGGUUUGGGUAUAGGAAGUAUUCUCAUUCAUUGCUCUGCCCAUUUUUGCCUCUUGCCUCACCCACCACUAGCAUGUGAUACUCCCCCCCCCCCCCAAUAAAAAGUUGCUCGAAAUUAAAUAUGGCCCUUGGGUUGAAAAGGGUUGUCCACUCCUAUCCUAAGCUAUAUUGUUUCCUUUGUCUGCAGAUAUAGGCGCAAACAACGUGAGCGGAACGCUCAGCUCCCUCCAGCACCCCAACCCCCGGGAUGACUUCGACAUGUUCGCACAGACGAGAGGCAGUUCACUGGCUGAUCAACGCAAGACGUAUGUUGGGCCUGAAGGAGGGAGGUGUGGGGGACUUGGGCGGUUCUCUUAAGCCCUCAGAACUGGCCCUGCGGGGCACAGGCUCAACACAGUCUGCUCUGAGCCAGGCUCCUGUGGGGGCAGAAAUUAAGGCCAAGAGGACAGUGGCAUCAUGGCCAAAGUGAGAUUUGGAGCAGAGGCUCCCUGUUUCACAGAUCAGUCUCUCAGCCGCUAAGCUCAUGUAUUCAUUCCUUCAGUGCAUUCGUUCUGCAGCCCAGCUCAAGGGCCCAGAGAGGGUCAACCAUGUGUUAGCUGCAGAAUUCCCAGUUGCAUUGAUUUACAAUUCUUGCCCUAUCCUGGGCCAUCCAGAGUCUGUUUUAAUAAACGGCCUGAACUGGUCCAUUGUACAGUAACCCUGGCAUGCCAAUAAUGGCCAGAGGGUGCAGGUUGUGUGUGUGUGUGUGUGUGUGUGUGUGUGUGUCUCAGGGUGAUAGCUUUUCCAUGUGGAACUGAAUGCUCCCCCUCACCAACCCAUUAUUUUGGAAGGCACGGUUAGUGUGCUGUCGCCACUACCCUGAAGGCUGGCUGGCUGAAUCCUGGCCUCCAAAGGCCUACCUACCAGAGAUGCCCUGGCAUUCAGGCACCAGGGAGGAGAUGAGUUAUUGUCCUUGGUCCUUUAGCUCCACCCAGUGGCUGACUAAUGGGCAGGUCUUCACAUAGUGAACUGCUUCUGUCCUUUUUGUGUGGCGAUCCUAGGUUCUGUGAAAUCUUUCAACCGUUUCCCCUCCCUGCUCUGAUUUCCAUCAACUGUAGGGAAUUCAGGAGUGGAGUUGUGUGUGUGCACGCUAAGCUGUUGGGCUGAAGGACUCUUCGGUGAUGGUCAGUGGCUAGUUUUGCAACCUGCACGAGAUAAGACUGCACUGUCGACCAGGCUUGCAGCUUGGGAUUACUCCUGGAUCCGACACUUCUUCUAGACAGGUGGCGUCCAGGAUCGCUUUUGACCAGCUUUGGCUGCAGCACCAGCAGCUGUCUCUUCUAGCACAAUCUGACCUGGCUUUGGAGACCUUAGUGGUGGGCCAUGACGUAGUCGUAGAGUCUAUGUUUUAUGUGCAGAAGAUCCUCAGCUCAAUCUUCCAGGAGGAGUGGGAGAGACCUGUGUCUGAAACUCUAUAGAGCCAUUGCCAGUCAGUGUAGACAAUACUGAACUAGAUGGGCAAAUGUGGUCAGAUCUGGUGUAAGGCCGUUUUCUACACCCCUAUGAUUCCUGCGUUAAACCUCCUGCCCUAAUUUUAUCCUAGCUUAAAUGACUGUAAUGCUCUCGUAUGUUAGGCUGCCCCAAAGCUGCCCAUGAAACUUCAACCAGUCCAAACUGCAACUGCCAGGGUUUGGGCUGGGGCUCAGGGACCAGAACAUACAACUCAUACCAUCUUCAUUGGUUACCUGUUGGUUUCCAGGCACUGGUAUUGACCCUUAAAUCUGGUGUGAGAAACCUUUGUACCUCUAGACGUUUCUGCACUACAUUAUCCCUGGCCACUGUCCAUGCAUGCUAGUGCUGAUUGGGGGUUGCAGUUCAACAGUACCUGCAAGGACAAAGGUUUCCCCACUUGUGAUGUAUUCAUUUGUUGUUUGUUUUAUUUAAUAAAUUUAUGUACCACUCUUCAUGGGUGGGUCACAAUAUAAAAACACAAAUGUACAUAACAUGGUAAUAAGCAAAAGCAGUAGCUACCCUCACAGUUUAAAAGGCCAUAGAUUGUUGAAUUAGCCAAAGGCCUGGGAGCAGAGGAAUAUUUUUGCCUGGCCCCUAAAAUAUGUAAUGAAGGUGCCAGGUGAGUCUCCUUGGGAAGAGCAUUCCACAAACAGGGAGCCACUGCAGAAAAGACCCAUCCUCGUGUUGCCACCCUCCAGGCCUCUCAUGGAGGGGGCACACAAGGAACGACCUCAGUGAUGUUUUCAUUGCAUUUGCAUUUACAAAUGCAGAAUUGGACAGCGAGGAGCUUGGUCAAAGCCAGUUUUAGAAUUCCCUCUCCAUCUAGGAGGAGAGACCUGCUUUGUUGAUUUUUAGCCCACAAUUUCUUCGGGUGGAAAAAGGCUACUAGCUACAGAGGGAAAGGGAAGGGGACUCUAGAGGGUAAGCACUUUUUAUUUAAUAAAAUGCCUUAAAAACAGCCAAUUCUUGAAAAUGUAGGACCAGCUGCUCAAGCCUGAGGCUCCUGUUUGUUUUUGAAAAGAACAAAUUACAAGAGAAACGUAUAAAUGACUGUGCUUGGGGUUAGUUUGUGCCUGACAAGGAGAAUAUUUUGCUCCCCAGUGCGCAACUGUUAUAUGGAGGCACCUGGAAACACUCUCUGGAUUUAUAGAUGUCAUUCCCGGUGUCUUCCGUCCUUACUCUUUCAUUUGCUGCUUCCUGGAUAUUUGCAAUGCUCAUUGCCCCUCUUCUGUUUCAGUGUAACGUACGAAGACCCCCAGGCUGUUAAAGGACUGGCAUCUGCCCUGGAUGUUCGGAAACACAACGCAGGAGGGGUAAGUCGCUUCUCUGCCCUGUUGCAUUGCAGACAAAGGGGGGUUGCUCUCAAAGCUUUGCUGAGAGCGUUGAAUGCGACUCAUGUGUUUCCUUCAGUCCUAUCCUGAGAUUUUUGUGUGCGUCCAGCUUCAAAUUGCAGAAAAGAGCUGUGAAGCACGUGUGGUCAGUGGUGCUAAAUUGUGUUUUCCUAGAACUUUCUAAGAUUUGAAUACUUCAUGCUAAUUUCUGGAGAGAACUGACAGGUAUCUAGCCUGACGUUUCUUGAGAAGAUUACCUGUUUCCCCCCAGUUACGUGUGUUAGCAGGACACUGAACACUGACCCAGAAAGCAAGCCUAACUCUUAGAUUCUCUGGCUUUGUAUGGAUCAAUAUAAAUUAUAACUUGUGGUCGGUGCAGGUAACUUUCUAAAACCUGCUUCUUUCCAGUGAUCUGAACUGGGAGCAUGAAUGGUCUUCACUGAAGACUACCCUCUAUUUUUCUUUUUGGUCGGGGCAGUGAUUCUCUCCCCAUUCACCUCUCUGGAUGAGGAAUCCCGAUCUCUCUGUGCAUUCCCAUCCUUUGGGUGGCAACAUUUGUCCUUUGAACUCAUCUUCUCAUCUUUACUGUUCUGUCCUCUUGGGAGAGAGCACAUACAUUGCAGCAGCAUUUGACCUGGCCUUCUCCAGGGGUUUCCUUGCACUCCGGGUGGGGGCAUGGCCUUCCUGGAGGGGUCCUGAAGUCUGAGUGUGUGUGUAGGAGAGGGAAGAGCUGUGGGGCAUGGUGGAGGGAAGCUGCUACGGAAAAAUAGAGGUAAGACUGGCAGAAACUGGACUUCUCCUCACCAAUUUUACCACCUUGCCACAGCAACAGGGGGUCCUAUGGGAAGGAUCCCAAGAGCAGAGAGAGGCAGGUGAAGAACAUCUCCCAGGAUGCUCAAAUGUAUUUUCUCACUCCUGCCCAUCCCAGGGCCAUUUGUCACCAGCUGCUCUGUCCCAAGGAUCUUUAUACUAAGUGGCCUGGGAUUCCCACUCCCCCCUUAAGCAAGUAAAUGUUAUAUGUAGAUGGUGAUACUUUAGGGGGUUUUCCAAUUAUUGUUAUUAAUUUUCCAAAUUAUUACAAAUCCAACCAAAUCACUUUAGGGAUUUUUAUUUAGAUAAAUAACCUAUAAGAAUACAAUGUAUGUUAUGAAUAUCACUAUUAGCAUACAUAUAGAAAUAAUAAGCAUGAUACUUUUUUCAGAGAUUGUUCCAUUUAUAUUUCCUCCAGUAUCAUAUAAGGGUUUACUUUAUCUUGUAUUCUCACACCCCAGUAAAAUAUGUUUUCAGGUUUUGUUUUUGAAUCAGCUUAACGUUUCUUGCAGACGACCUUGGAAGAAUAUGUAUCCUGAAAGACGGGGUAUAAAUUAUUCUAUCGAGUCAAUGAAUGAGUAGUAGACAGGUGGAGUCUGGAAGCAUUUCUGACUGGCAUAGGCAAAGCAUCUUCUAGAAUGUAGUCGUCAGUGUUCUUCAACCUUUUAUUUGUACGCCACCCGGGGAACUUUGUGAUCAAGCAGUUUAUAAAUUUCUGGAAGCAGUGAAAGGCUGGCUGGGAGCCAAAACUAGGCUGAAUCCUGAUAAGACAGAGAUGAUGGGCAAUUCCUGUGUCUGUGAAUUAGGUGUACAAACUGUUUUGUGAGGGGUUGCACUGCCCUUGAUGGAAUAGGUUCUUAGUCUGGGAGUGCUUCUGGAUUCUGAUUUGUCACUGACUUGCGAGGUGGCUUCUGGUGUACUUAAGCUCAACUUACGCUGGUCACCAGCUAUGGCCAUUCUCAGACCAGGAUAGCCUGGACCCAGUUGCCCAUGCUCUAGUGACAUCCUGCUUAGACUGCUGCAAUGCUCUAUUUGCGGGGCUUCCCUUGAAGGCAGUCUGGAGGUUGCAGCUAGUGCAGAAUGUGGCUGUCAGGUUGGUAAGAGGUGCAGCCUGAUGGGCCCAUGUGUCACCAGUCCCGACAGCUCUGUGCUAAAUGCUGGUGGAUUACCAAGCCCAAUUCAAGGUGUGGCAAGUACCUAAAUGAGCAACUCCCCAGUUUCAACCAUCUUGGGCCCUGUGAUCAUCAGGGGGAGGCCCCUGUUGCUGGUGCCACCUCUGUCACUGACCUGUGAACAAGGCCUUCUCAGCGGCAGUUCCCUGUUUCUGGAAUGCCUUCCCUAGCGAGGUGUUUCUGUUUCUACCCUUAUUGACUUUCAGGAAAGAUUUAAAAACCUUCCUACUUACCCAGCAAAUUUGGUGGUUGAAAUAUACUGGCUAUGGCAGCCUCGAAAUCAGCUACUAUGAUGGGAGGGCUUUUAAAUGUUUUUAAAUGUUUUUAAGUAUUUUAAGUUUGUUUUUGCUUUAAUUCAAAUUGCAUUGCCAUAACGCCUAGAUGCCAGGCUCCUUUGGAAGGAAAGACAGGCUAGAAAUGUAAUAAAUAAUAAUUCUGAGAAAGCUCGCACCUUGCAGCUGGAUGAGCAUCCUUCUCUAUUAACCUGCACUCCUGUCUGAUUCAUGCUUUGGUUCCCUGGGCUGCUUGUCUUUCCCCCAUCAGUGUAGCUGUUAUCAGCCUACAGCGUUGUCAGUUCAAAGGGCUCCUCUGAGUUAAGCCAACAGGGUCAAAGUGUGCAAAGACGUGCAUGUUUUCAGACUUCACCCUCCUGCCAAGCUGUCCUCUGGCCAUUUUGCUCUCCAGUGUGUUCUCCAAGUGUUGGUGAACUGUAGCUCAUUGUCGAAACAAAAUAAAAAAAUUCCUUCCAGUAGCACCUUAGAGACCAACUAAGUUUGUUAUUGGUAUGAGCUUUGGUGUGCAUGCACAUUUUCUGUCAUCAGUGGUUUGUUAGAAUAUUCAGGAGGAUCCCUAACAGAUGAGAGAAAAUACAUUUCACAAGAAUAAUUGAAGCCGGUGCAGGGAGUUUACAUUGCCUCUUGGUUUGGAUAGGGAUGCAAGGAGAAACUGCUUCCUGACUUUUCUAGAAAAUACCACACACAGAGUCAUUUAAAACAUGUAUGCUGACCUGUUCAUUAAUUGGCAGGCCUGUGGAGUGUGGAGGCCUAAAAUGAUUUUCUUCUGGCAUGUUGUUUUUAAAUCCUUGCAUACGGGAUUACAGCCUAAAUGCCCCAUUGAAUUUAGUGGGACUUACUCCUGAGGAGCCAUUCGUAAGGAUUGCACUGUUAAAACCUUAAGCUGCCUGGGUUCUGGUCGCUUAAGGCAGUGCACAGCACCUUACUGUACCUCCCUGAACAAGCUUGAUCUCAUGAGAUUUUAGAAGCUAAGCAGAGGCAUACGUUAGUAAUUGGUGGGGAGACCUUAGAACAGCAGUAGCUAACCCUAUCUUAUUGCUUUUAUAUUGUAAGUUGCGGUGAGGGCGUGACUCCAGGCUAAAAGGCAUGAAUUUAGUAAUAUUGAUGUAUCUUCAUAUAAGGACGACUUGACAAGUAGUGUUUACCUGACCAGAAACUCAUUUAUUUGUCUGAAAAGAGUGUUUGCCUUGGACAGAGGGUCCCAGGUGGGUAACUCAGACAGCCACAAGCUGCCACUUCCUGAGGCAGUGUGCACCCGAGGGGAAAAAAGCCCUCAAAAUUCUCCAGUACUCUCAGUUCACAGUAGUUUGCUGGCCAGAAAACUGAGAUUGUCACUUGGGAGGAGGAUGAGACUUCCUUGCAAAUCAAAUCAAAUCAAAUCAAAUCCACACACACACACACACAAAUUUUGCCAGCUUGUAUGCCUUCACCUAUCAGAAAGCAAGGUGUGUUUCAGAAAUGAUCUACCUUUCCUUCCAAGAAAUUUUCCGUUUGAAGAUCUGAAAGUUGGUUUGGUUCGGGUUGUUGGUUUUUGUUUUUACUUGCCACAGGUGAGUAAUAAUUUACAGACCUGGGAUGGGUGAAGUGGUAUCUGAAGCCUGGAGGUCAUGGGCUCGUCUUUAGGAAAUGUUGUAAUCUCUCCAUCUCGCUGUUGCUUUGCCGUCUUCCUGUGUCCCCCCACCCCCAACACACCUUUUGACUUUUUAAUGGGAAUUUCUGUUCUCAACACAGAGGAGAGGUAAAAGUGGCAGUUCAGACAUGGAGCCCAUAGACAAGUGGCUAAUGACGCAAGGAAUGGUGAGGAGGAUUUUGCCAGUCGAGUGACGCCCCACCCCCUUGUUGUCCUCACCCCCAUCUCCUCCUCUAAAUAGCAUAACCAUCCUCUGUUUACCUGUCACUCAUCCUGUUGAAAGAACGCAAAUUGGACAGUGCAAGGAGGUGGUCCCCACCUGUGAAGGGGUGGGGAAUUGGGACCACUGGCCAGGGUUAGGAGACCUGGGGAUAGAUAUUUUUCAACAGGGAUGUGUGGCAGCGAAGAAACAUGUAUGUUACCAUGUUUGUUUCCAAAACUCACAUGGACCUCUCCAGUUCCUUUCACUGAUCCAAUUUUAAAAAGAGAGAAAUAUAUAUGUGCAGUAUCCACAUUUCCUCCAAAACACAAGUUCUGCUCAUUAAAAUGGGGAGGGUUUGUCUUCGUUUCGCAAAAAAUAAAAUAAAAUAAAUUUAAUAGCCUGCCCCUGCAGCACUAAGCAGUAUGACCAGAAGCUCAGAUCAUAUUACACUGUUCAACACUUCCCUGAAUUUACUCUCGGCAAGAGUUCUGGAGCAGCGGAAACAGAAAGGUUGUAUUGUUUUGCAAGAGGCUUCCAAGUGGGUUUCCUGCAAAACAGGGGAGUGUAUCUGCUGCACUAAAUAUGGCUGAACAUAAAUGCAAAUCUGUUGUUGGGGCAUCCUCUUAUUAUUUUUUUUAAUUUAUUAUAAAUUUGUUAGAUUUAUAUGCCACCCUUCAUCCAAAGAUCUCAGGGUGGUUCGCAAGAUGAAAAACACAAGAUAAAAUCACAAAUAGUUAAAACAAAAAACAACAAAACAAUAGCCCCCCCCCAAAAAAACCAUUUAAAAGUCUGUAGAAUAUUAAUCACCCAAAGGCCUCAUUGAAAAGCAGAGAGCAGAGCUUCUAUGCUGUGCUGCAUCUGGGAACUGAUGGUUGAGCCAUUUCCUCUCCCCAGGGAAACUUGGGAACUGUAGUUGUCUGAGGGGGACUUAGCUCUGCGCACCAGCACCCUUGCUGCACUACAAUUCCCAGAGUUCUUGGGCUGUGAUGGGGUGGAGCUUUGACAGUCAAAGUCUUAUAUAGCCAUUCUAGUGUAGAUAUACCCCUCAGGUGAUUUUUCUCUUGGUGAAAGCAUAUUACUAGCUAAGGCUAAAUGUAGUCUUUAGGCAGAAUGCCUUACGUCCAUGGGGACUUGGAAUAUACUUCCAUAAUCCCCCUUAGCUCCUCGGAAAACAUGGCACCCUGGGAGCAAAGUAUCCAAGCAGGGUGACAGUUUAAUAUAGUGAAGACAGCGCCCUUGACCCAUCCUGGCAGAGGCCAAAUGUGUGUUUUCCUUCAGCUCUGCAGUCCCGGUGCCACAAUGGGAGCCAAGCAGGAAAAGCUUUGAAGGACCUUGCACCCUCGCUUAUGUUUAAUGUGCCCUGAACUGAGGAGUAAGAAGCAAAGGGUGCCAAGCUGUAACUCUAGAGUGCGGGGAGGGCGUUUGGACUACAGCUCCCAUCAGUCCCAAGCAGUGAAGCGAGUGGUCAGGGAUUUGUAUUCUUGCAACAUCUAGAGAGCCAUGGGUUCUUCAUCUCUGCUUUAGAGUUCCCUUUCCUUAGAGUUGCAACUCAGCUGCCUUGCAAGAGAUAAAACGUGGGGCUGAGUAGGAUUGAGGGCAGGGGAGUGCAACCAACUGAGAGGCAAAACAGAGUAUCACAGUGUUCCAGAAGCUUUUGCUGCCUUCCCAAGGAGAGGAGAACAAUCACUGUUGGUGAACAACUUAGGAAUGAGGGGAGAAACUAGAUUCAGUUAACAUUUAAAGGCAAAGCCUAAUUUAUACUUUUCGAAACAAAUGCACAAAGCAAAACGCAGCCGUCCUUCCAAAUUUGCACUUUUCCGAAUUGCACAACGCAGUUCUCCAGCCAGGUAAUGUGUGCAAAAAUGCAGCAAAAAUGUGGUAAAGUGUCCAUAAAAAAUGGAUGUAUUUGUCAUAAUAACAUGGGAAAAAAACUGCAUUAUAUUAGGCAACAGUGCUUUGCAAAAAAAAAAAGUGAGCGCAGGAGCUGUUUGCACAAACAAGCUGGUGAAUUCCAAUGAGGGCUUUUAACGAAUUACAAACUGGUGUGGUAAUGUGGAGAGCUGAACUUAAGAUCUUAAAGAUGAUAAACUGAGUGAAACCAAAAUUGACAAAUUCAGCCAUUCAAAGAGGGUAUGUGCAACCCUCUGUAUCCUGAUGCCUCUGGGAUAGCUCAGUCAGUAGAGUAUGAGACUCUUAAACUGAGGGUUGCGGGUUCAAGCUCCACAUUGGGCCAAAGAUUCCUGCAUUGCAGGUUGUGGUCCUUCCAAUUCUAGGAUUCGAUUCUCUUCUAUUCUCAAAAGGCGACAGUGCUUCCCUUUUCCUGUCCAGGGAGAUGGGUGGGUGCAUGGGAAGAUGCAGAAGAAGGAAGCAGAGAGCAAUUCCAUGCCUCAUUCCUUCUCUUACAAACAUCAGGUGUGUUUAGGGAGUCUGUUUUCCAACUCUCCCCUAUUGUCACUCAUCCUACAAUUUGGUUCUGCUUGGGUGCUGUUCCCAAGGGUCAGAGAAGCCCAGAGUAUGUUUCUUUCGCUUUCUCUGCUCUAUUUAAAAUUGAUGGGGGGAGAGUACAAAAGUCUUCCUCCUGCCCUGCCCAUAUUUGCUGCUGGCUUGUGUUUGUUCACUUUGGGGAAAAGGAUACUGCAGCCUUUGUGUCGGCCAUAACAACUGUAGGGGACUGGUUUAUUCCCCCUUACAGGGCAUUUUAACCUUGUUUGUUUUUAAUACGGAUGUAUUUGGCAUCCCUUUAGAAUUUAACUAAUCCGUAACCCAGUUUUCUGUCUGAAUUAGUGGUAGCUCUUAACUGUGUCCAUUAAUAGAGUACGUAACAGAACUGACAAACUGCAGGAGUUACAAGUGGCCUAGUACAGAUGGUUCUACUCAAGUAUGGCAUGGUUUUCUGCUGAGGUAAAACAAAAAAGUUUUUAUUUUAAUAUUGUCUCGGGCCAGAAAUGUUGCUCAAAAUACCCUCUUCUAAAAUCAGACUUUGCCAAAGAAAUUAAAAAGAAUGCAUUCCCCUCACCUUUGUAAACUUCAGUUUUUGGUGUCAUUUCAUUCCACCAAACUAUACUAGAAUUCACGUCCCUGGUUUUAUCCCAUAUGGUGGUUCAUUAUGGACCUCAUCGCAAACCAGAUGUUGGAAAGCUUAAGCAUAGUUUGCUGUGAGAUCUGAACUGGCACACCAUGGCUUGCACUUGGCCAUGGAGCCGGAAUCCAAAACCAUUGUGUCAACAACGGCUUGGCAUGAUGUCUGAAUUGGCAAGCCAUGGUUACGACCAGCAAAUACCUGAUACUGCGUCAUGACCCUGUUCUGCAACCCCAGAUCUGCACAGGACAAUAGCAUUAUUAAAGUGGUGGGAGUGCCCUUGCCACAUUUCGUUCGAGACAAAUUGUUCCCUUUCCAGGGUUGAGCUUGGAGAAAUGCCAGUCAUUUGAGUUUGCAAUGCAAGCCAACUCUGCACAGCACUGAGUAGCUGACACUCGUGGUGUCUCAUACCCACCUCCCUAUAUCUGGACCAGGUUUGGAAUUCCUUUAAAGUAGCUGUCGAUUAAAAUGACAGUGAAUGAAUGUUUUUAAAAACUUUAGAGGGAAUGAUACAACCUGUUGGAAGGAUGAGGAGAGUGUCAGGCUUGUAACCAAAUCAGUAUGCUAUGUAUGCAUGUUAUUUAUAUUGCGCAAGCUGGGCUUGCAAUCUCUUUUUCUCCUACUUACUCCCACUUGAUUACUUUUUGCACAGCCUUAAGGUGAGGCUGGCACUGUCUUAUGAGCUGUUGCUUGCUGGCCCAAUGUAGGUCAAUAUCAGCAUAUCAGUGCAAUGCUUUCUAGAACUUCCCUCUUCAGGUCAUGCCAGUUGUCGGAGCCAAAUGAAGAUGCUGCUUUUGAAGUGCAUCAGGAAAAGCUGGAACCUGCAACCUGGAUGAAUUGUGCAAACAGACAAAAUUAAUUUUGGGUACUUGCCAUAUUUCAUGUAGUUCUGCAGCUGCUGCUGCUAGUCACACUGGCAGCCGGAUCACACUCCUGGAUCACACCAAUAACCCGUCUAGUCCUGCAUCCUGCUCUUACAGAUGCCUCUGGCAAGCACAUCAGCAGGACCUGAGCACAUCAGCGCUCUCCCCACUUGUGAUUCCUACCUAGCAAAUGGUUUUCAGAGGCAUCCUACCUCUGACAGUUGAGGUAAACCAUAGCCAUAGCCCUGUCCUCCUUUUCCAAAGCCAUCUUAAGUUAGCAGCCCUUGCCACAUCUUACAGAAGCAAAUUCCACCUGGCAGAGCACAUCUCCACUCCCAAGCCCAGGAAAUUUCACCAGAGAGGCCUGGGCUCUAUGGUGUCUUCUCUUUAUUCUCAAGGACUAGAAGCUUGCAUGCUUUGCUUUUUAAAUGGCCACGGUUCUACUCCUGAGUGGUGGAAUUCACAGAGCCUUGUUUCAUGGUUCUCUUAAAGAGAAGUGUUGGGUUGCAUGAUGAAACAUCACAUGCUCGGCUACUGCAUAUUUUGAAACUAAAGUGCCUUUCAAGUGUUACAGUGAAGAGGAUGGCUAAUCUGAAAUGGAAACGCAGGAAACCUUUGGCCCUUAAAUGUUUGGGAGUUAUCGAUCAUCUUCUCUGGGGUUCAUAACUUAUUCUUCAUUGGGUCCAUGUUGAAGCUGACAGCUUAUCCAGUCUGACUCUAGUGAUCUCAAGCAGCUGUUUUCAAAGCUGUGAGGUUUUUUGGGGAUCCCCAUUAUUCCUAAAGACCAGCUUUUCCCAUUUUCCCUGCAAUGUUCAGCCACAAAAAAGAUUUGAGUAGAUUUUGGUGAAUACUUGUGAGGUCCUACAGGGUGACCAGGACACUCCAGAGGCCUGGGCACUGUUCUGUUUGAGCUGCCUAUGCACCCUGGAACAUAGGACACCAGAAUCCUUUGUAGCCCACAGAAGUUCUGUGAGAGAAAUGCGGAGGUUUCUUGUCUGCAUAGAACAUGGGCUUCACCAGUCUAGCUCAGCAUUGUUUACUGUGAGUGGCAGUGGCUCUCAGGGUCUCAAGCAGGGACCAUUCUCAGCCCUACUGGAGAUGCAAGGAUUGAACCUAUGCUCUCAGCCACAGAGUUAUAGCCUUUUCCAUGGAAAAGGUGCAAAGUUGGAAGUCCACUUGUCUAAAAGAACCCCUUUGGAUAUUUUUUUAAAAAUCUGUUAUUGUCCUCUAUGGAUUUACUCAAUUCACAUAUUAUUAGCAUUAUUAUUCGGCAGCUUAUAUGCCAAACUGGUUUCUAAGUGGUUUAUUCCUCUCCAAAUCAGAGCUGGAAAAAAUCCUAGCCGCCCAAUGUCUAAUGGCAGCCCCAGUGCGAAAAUGGCAGUGCAUUCUCCUCCAUUGCAGGUCAGGGAUAGCACCAGGAAGUGUGACGCUGGUGCCUGCAGUCCUACCCAUGUUGACUCAGACGUAAGCCCCAUUGAAUUCGACGGGGCUUACUUCCAGGUCAUUUGGUGUGGGAUUGCAGCCUGAAUCAUCCCUCUGGGACAUUUGCAAACAUGGACACAAUGACUAGCAGAGGUACGCCCAUAGCUUUCAGUUCUAGCUUUCCAUCCUAGUGCAAUAUAGCACUAGGAGCCUUUGCUUAUGCAGAAAAAUACUACUUCAGCAAUAUGAAUACCACAAAAACACUUGGACCCAUAGUUAAGUUUAGUAGCAUUAAAUAUAAAAAAAUCCAACUAAGGGACAGUGUUAAGUAAAGGCUCAGCUGAGCUAAGAAAUGUUGGUGGAUUCCUCCAUCUAUUUUAGCUCCUCACCUCACGCCUGCUUCUCCUAUUCCCCCACUGGGAUUCAUAAGAGAUUCCAGUAAUGCCUGUCUCUAUAAGGCUUGAAUAUUGGACCUAAUGCAUUUCAAAAGCUGGGGGGGGGGAGAGUGCUAUUGCUAUUCUUGUCUCUUCUCUCCUCCACCCUAUGCCCCUUCCUCAGAUGGACCAUCUUGCCAAUGAAGCCCCAGGCAUUCGUUUCUAAAAAGAUCUGUCCAUUACUAUCCCCGAUUUGGAAAUUUUGGAAGACCAGCAAAUUUGCCAUUUCCCCUCUUAUCCCAGCCUUUUAAACAAAACACAUUUCUAUCAAGAUACUAGCCCACUUGUAACCGGCAGAAGCUCUCUGGGGCUUCAGGCAGGAGUCUUUCCUAGCCCUACCUGGAAAUUCUGGGAACUGAACCUGCAGCCUUCUGCACGCAAGGCAAAUUCUCAGCAACGAGCGGAGGCUUAGUUCUGCAGAAGAAAUUGCCGGCCGCCUCCUUCCAUGCACGGAGGAAGGAGUGUGCAAACCUCAUCCCCGUAAUGCUAAGCCACGUUUUCAUGUUGCUUCUGAACCAGACCCAAGCCUUGCACCUGCAAAUCAGGCUCCCUCUGUCAUUGGUGCAACUCAUUUCUCCCGUCUCCAUUUCUUGAUCCCUUGCGGUGAGCAAUUGGGCAUGUCACGGAUACCUCUUUCUUUCAUGUUUUGGAUUUCACCUCCUAUCCAGCCGUAUCUAAUAUUCCAGCCUUAAGAGAACCAGGUCCUUCAAACUCAAAGCCAUGCUGGCCCUUCCCCUCAGAUACACAGCCAGACCCCGGCCAUUUCACUCAACGCAACCUUUUUUGUUUGCCGAGAUGUUUUCUUGCUUCGCUCGUUGCUUUAUUUGUGGUGUUGUUGUUGUUGUUGUAUUGCAAUUCUUCACAGCGGUGAUACAUCUCACACAGCGUAUGUUUUUUUUCUCCAACCCCCAACCCUCUUUUUUUCCCUUUCCUCUUUCCCUCUCAUUCUGUGGCCAUGAUUGUGGAUGUGUUGUGUCCUUGUUUUAUUUUUUGCCUGCCUCGCUCUAUCUCUUUGCUGCACUCCCUAGAUUCCCGUCACACAGUCCUCUGUCAUGGAUGACAUUGAGGAAUGGCUCAGUACCGACGUGGUAAGACUCUCUUCUUUUGUUUUGCUACUUUUUUUUUAUUUCCUUUGAUAUGUUUCUGCAUAAGAGGCUGCGCACAUCACUCCUCUCAGUGGAAAAAAGCAACGCUGUCUGUGAGCAGCUGUGGUCGUAUUGGCGCUGAGGGAUUUUAUUCCAUGGCCCAUCCAAGCGCCCCUAUUUUCCAGGGACAGUCCCCGGUUUACAGAAGCCGACCCGGUUUCUGAUUUGAUCCCGGAAUGUCCCGCUUUUCCUUAGGACAUCCCUAUUUUCAUCAAAUAAAUGUUGGAGAGCAUGUAAUUAUGUGACCCCCCGAGCCAAGGAGAUAAGUAACUAUGCAACCUUUAGAAAGAUAUCUGAAGGCAGCCCUGUAUAGGAUUUUUUUAAAAAAUGUUUCAAGAGAAGAAGAAGAGUUUGGAUUUGAUAUCCCGCUUUAUCACUACCCGAAGGAGUCUCAAUGCGGCUAACAUUCUCCUUUCCCUUCCUCCCCCACAACAAACACUCUGUGAGGUGAGUGGGGCUGAGAGAGUGUGACUAGCCCAAGGUCACCCAGCAGCUGCAUGUGGAGGAGCGGAGACACAAACCCAAUUCACCAGAUUACGAGUCUACCACUCUUAACCACUAUACCACACUGGCUCUUUCAUGUUUUAUUAUGUUUUUAUGUUUUAGAAGCCACCUAGAGUGGCUGGGGCAACCCUGUCAGAUUGUGUGUUUGGAGGGGGUAUAAAUAAUAAAAUUCUUAUUAUUAUUAUGGAAUAGGAUGUCCCUGUUUUCAAGGGAGAAAUAUUGGAGGGUAUGCCAUCCACACCUCAGCUUCAUGUGGCUUGUGAACCCCUGGUGCCUCCUUUAAUUCCUCCUCGUCUGUGCAGGCAUUCUCCUCCAACUGCCGCUGCCCCACACUUCUCCUUAAAUUCAUGUAGCUCUCCCAAUUUGUAUUUUCAUAGCAUAGGGAAUCUUGAGAUUUAGGGAGGAGAAACUGUGGGUGGGACAGCAGUAGUUGGAGGAGAAUGGAAGAGGAGGAAUUAAAUUAGCAGUUCACAGUCCACAUUAAGCCAGGUAUGGACACGCCCUCAGAUUGUGAGGGAAUGCCACUGUUGAAUGCUUCUCUCAAACAUUUGUGUAUCUCUCUCACACACACAGUUGUAGCUCAGCCAGCCCAGUUCCUGGUGUGCUGUUUUUCUACCUAGAACAUAGCAUUCUUUACACACACACACACAGAGAGAGAGAGAGAGAGAGAGAGAGAGAGAGAGUUCUUCAAGUUUCCCUCCUCCAGGCUUCAUCCACAUGCAAGAUGGAGGCGUUAGCAAGCUUGGGAAACCUAAAGAUUAGUAGAAAUAUGGGCUGGGGGUGGGGAGAGAAUCAAGAGGAAAUACCUAAGGAGGCAGGAUGCAAGCAGACCCAUGAAGUCUAAGGGUUAUAUCCAUUGCUACUCAGAGUAGACCCACUGAAAAUAAUGGACUCUACUAACAGGUUCAUUAAUUUCCAUGGGUUUAUGCUAAGUAUUUGGAUAGAACACAGGAAUGAUGGCUGGCUGCUGAUGGGGAGGCGAAGGGGAAAGCAGGCAGAGGGGGAGGACAUGGAAUGGAGUGUUCUGGAAAAGGGCACGACUGGCUGGCUGGCUUGCAUUCUGAACAAGAGCGCUCCAGCUUGCGACGUUUUGUUCCCAAUCCUGCAGGGAACUGCAGGUGCAUAUUUACACAUGAACACUCCCUCCUACAAUAAUAAUAAUAAUAAUAAUAAUAAUAAUAAUAAUAAUAAUAAUAAUUUAUAACCCACCCAUCUGGCUGGGCCUCCCCAUUUACUCUGGGCAGCUUCCAACAAAACAUUAAAAUACAGUAAUGCAACAGACAUUAAAAGCUUCCCUAAACAGGGCUGCCUUCAGAUGUCUUUUAAAAGCCUGGUAGUUGUUCUUCUCUUUGACAUCUGGUGGGAGGGCGUUCCACAGGGCGGGUGCCACUACCGAGAAGGCCCUCUGCCUGGUUCCCUGUAACUUGGCUUCUCACAGUGAGGGAACCACCAGAAGGCCCUUGGAGCUGGACCUCAGUGUCCGGGCAGAACGAUGGGGGUAGAAACACUCCUUCAGAUAUACUAGAAUCUUAUUCCCACUUUAUUCUGCAAUGUAAGUAGACCAGACCAUCCCCAUGAAUGAAACGGUAGAAGGGACUGUAUCUCUAAAGGUGAAGAGCCAUGAGCAUCAAUAGCCUCCUCUGUGCUGGGGGGGAAAAGGAAGAUCCCAAAAGUAGCCAAAAUACCCACCUUAUAAGGAGCAAGCCUAUCACAACAGGGAGAGGGCUAGGCUGCAGCCUUUCUCUGUGGUGUGCUAGUUUCUACUUGAGGUUUUGUUUUGCUUCUCUUUGAGGGGCAUUCAGCAAUCAUGUUUUUAUUUUUUUUAAUAAGAUAUUUAUUGAGAUUUUCAAAAUGUUACAAAAUAAAAACAGAAAAAGAAAAAAGUACAAAAUAAAAAUGGUUAAAAACAACUCAAUCUUUCCAUUACUUAUUUUUCAUUAGCUUGUUUCCCGGACCUCCUCACGCCUCCCUUUUCUGUAUUCCAAUUCAGUUUGUUGGUUCAGCAAAUCCUUACCCUCUUUGUUUAUCCUAGUCUUUAAUCUUAAAAUAUUAUAACGUUAAAUUUUUACCUAUUAAUAAUCCAUUUUUCAUAUUCCCUUAUAGUAUUACAGCUGAAAACUGUAAAAACAUGUUUAUUUGCCUGACAUGCUGUGCAGUCCAUUCUGCUGCAUGCAUAGAAGGUCCAUCUCCAGUUCCAGGAGAUGCAGCGCAAGGCCAUAGGCUGAGGUAGGGGAGGAAAGUCAGAGGUGUGUGCAGGGAUCAUAUUUAUUCAUUCCCUCCCUCCCUGCUGCUAUGCAAGUAAGUAGCCCAUCAGCAGGGAGGGGAGGGAUUUUAACUGAGCCCUCUUUCAAACAUACUAGUUUACCUAAUGAGAACUCUCUCUCUCGCUCAUGCACCCCCCUCUCUCAAGUGGUACCCAUAUUUUUUGCUCUAUAAGAUGCAUCAGACCAUAAGACGCACCUAGUUUUUGGAGAAGGAAAACAAGGAAAAAAAUAUUCUGAAUCCCAGAAGCCGGAACAGCAAGAGGGAUCGCUGCGCAGCGAAAGCAGCGAUCCCUCUUGCUGUUCUGGCUUCUGGGAUAGCCUCACAGCCUGCAUUCGCUCCAUAAGACACACGCACAUUUCCCCUUACUUUUUAGGAGGGAAAAAGUGAGUCUUAUAGAGCAAAAAAUACGGUAUAUCCCAGAAUCUGCUUAACCUCCCCUGCCCACCUGUUUAAUUCGUAGAAUGGCUCUCUAAUUCGAAUGUGUGUUUGGAGGGUGGUAUAUAUAUAUCUUUAGAUCUGCAUAUGGAAAAUAAACAGAGCAAAAUAUGGUCCCUCCCAGAUGUUUUGGGCUACAACUACCUUCAGCCCCAGCUACCAUAGCCAAUAAUCAAGGAUGAUGGGAGUUGUCACCCAGAACAUCUAGAGGGCAAAGCAAUGGCUUUCCAUGUGUGUUUUUUUAAUUUAUUUGUAAUAUUUUAUUAAGGCUUUUUGCCAUUGAAUUGUUACUAUUAGCAGUGGUUGCUCUGAAUGUAGAGUCCCGAGCUGACCAAAGAAAGGCAGGGAGGUGCGCCCGAGUUUUUGCAUGUGGGGCGAAAUGCUGGAGCUGGAGGUGGGACUGCCCUGGCUGCUGCUGAGACGCCACCAGGCAGUAGGUCCACUGUGCUCCAAAUGAUCAUGCAGGGCCGGCCCUACGGUGAGGCAGAGUGAGGCAGCUGCAUCAGCUGCCCUGUUCACCUCUAGGCUAGCCUGCUGCCCUCAAGUGCCAUGGAAGACACUUUUAUCAGCACUGGAGUAAGAUUCAACUGCCAGCCCAAGUGGCUUCUGUAUGUUCCUUGUGGGAGGGCACCAUCCUGUCCCUCAGCUCAGGCAGCAAAAUGUCUUGAGCCAGCCCUCAAGAUGUAGCUCUGUUUGGAUGUUCAAAGCAUCAGGAAUCUCCAAGCUGAGGGAGGAGAAAGUUUGGGACAGCAGUAGUUGGGAGAACACCACAUGGACAAGGGGAAAUUAAAAGAGGAACCAGGGAUUCAUAAGCCACAUUAAGCCGGGGUGUGGAUGGACCCUAUGAUACCUCCCUUUCCCCCUCACCCAAAUUCCUGGAACCGUCUCCUUUGGGGUGGCGGAAUGCAGCAAAUGAAGACGCAGCUUUUAAAAAUAAAUGAGAAGAACUUAAUUGUUUUUUAAAUCCCUUCUAUACUGCUUUUCGUUUAUAAAGCAGUUCACAAUUUUUACAUGAAAACAAAUCAAUAAAUAACAACAAUUGAGCCAUCCAAAUAGUCAUUACACAUAAUUACAGCAAACACAGUAGCUGUAUAAAACAACAACAAACAAAGCAAAAUCCUCAGUGUCAGCAGUCAGGAGAUUCCAGGGCAAACAUCAAGGUCUUCAGCUGUCUGCAAAAGCAUCCCAUCACUGAGGAUUGCCUAAUCUGCAUAGGAAGCUAGUUCCAGAAAAUGGGAAAACCAAACCUUAGUAGACCAUGGUAUGAUCAGGAGGGCUCUCCCUGCAGAUCACAUGCCUGAUAAAUGCAAAAGAGGACAGAAGACCUACGGCUGCUCCAGCCUUUAAUUUUGCUUGUGAAACUGCUUGCCGUUUUGUGCAUGAAGGCUUUCAACCCACUGCUCAGGGGCACACUGUGGAUUCUAUUCCAACUUUUUACAUCCAAUCAUUUUUCCUAUAAUUGAUUUUUAUUCCAGACCUCGGGCUGGGGUGGCGGUGGGUUGGGGAGUCACCUGUCCAGCAAGUGUUUCUUAACGACUUCUUGGCUUGCCCGUGUGAUGAAGAACUUGCUUGCAUUCCUGUAGUAGUCCAUCCAUGGCCCCCCUUUUAGUGGAGGUGUAAGAAAAAUGGUUAUUUGGGGUCCCUGUUUUGAUGUGACCCUGACUUGAGUUGGAAAAGGCCUGUUCUCCUCCUCCUCUCCUCUGAUGAAAAGGACAAGAUAGUGGAGACAGCCACUGCCCGUGGCACAAUUGUACUUGUUCCUUUCAGAGAAGGAAUAUUGGUUGGUCUAGUUUUAAGAUGUGUACAUCACACUAGCUGUGUACAUGCCAUCAACUGACUUUAAUGGUGCACCUGGUUAUUUUGAUUGCUCCGUUCCAGUGCUGGAAGCACCUUAGAGGUAUGAACUACGCAGGGACUUUCUGAGCAUGUGCUGAUACUUCUUUUCUCUUCCCCACCCCCACUUUCAUUCCAACUGCAGAAAGGAGACGAACUGGAAGAAGGAGUGACGAGUGAAGGUAAACAAGCAAGCAUGCGGGAGGGGGAAAACACACACACAAACUCAAGUAAAAUUCUUGUAAGGCAGAAAGCCACCUGCAGGACUCUGUGUGUUGUGAUACCUUGGGAGCGCAGGAAAAAAGUUCAGAAUGUGGCAGGCAGGAUGGUCUUUAAAAGAACAAAUACUUCUUAGUUGUUUUAAGAAACAGUGUAUAACAGAAUGAAAAAUAAGCAAAAAAAGUUUUUUUUAACAAAUACGAAGUUGACAUCCAUGGCAGAGGUCGAUUGAUUCAGCUGGGAAAACUUGUCGGGACAAAUAUGUCUUAAAUGGUUUCUGAAAAGUGCAGAGAGCGAGCAGCUUCCUGUUCUCCAAAAAACGUGGCCAUGUGAGAUACCUGGCGUCGGCAGGAGGGAGGGCCUGUAGUGCCCUGCAUAUUUCCUUGCCGCUCCCUAAAAGUUAUGCAAAAUGGGAGACAUUUAAUACUUUCUGCAGUAUUCAGCUUUGGGGGCAGAUGGGGCUCGUCAGCCUGGGAAGGAAGCCUGUCUAGGAGAAGGAAAACUUUGAUCCUACGCCUCCACUGCCUUGCGGCUAUACUCAUUCGUGAGAAACCCCAAGAAAAAAAAUCCAUGCCUACUGCCUUGGAAGAUAUCUUCGAGAGAAGAAAAGGCUAAGGAGUAAACCCUACACAAUUAGGGAGUGGAGUGCCUAAGGCAGUUGAAUGGCAUCUCGUAUGCCUUCUUCCGUUAACUCCUGCAGCCAGUGCGGAGCCAGAUGUACUGCUCUGCUUUCCUUUGGACCACAUCAGCAAGGCCAAGAGGACCACAUCAGCAACCCAGGACCUUGCGCCCUGGGGCGGUCACUUUGGUGCUGCUGAUGCAGCAAAAACAGUGUAGGAGUCAGCAGAUACGAGUUACUGGUCUCUGCAGCCACAGCAGGCGCUGUGAUUCUUCUGCAGUUUGACUUCACCCCCAGAGGUGCACUUCAUUGUCUCUCGAGACAGGUUGAUGCCAAUAAGUUGGGGGCAGAAUUUUAUUUGAGGCAGAGAACACACAGACCAGGAUGCAUAAGAGCAUACUGUUUUGUGUUUGUUUGUGUGUGUGCACAAGCGGUCUUUCUUAGAAGCCAUUAUCAGGGCAAUCAUCCCUUGGAGUUCAAUCAAGCCCUUCUUGCAGAGAGCCAAUGGGCUCUGAUUUCUGACAAGGGAACAGUGGAUCACACCCCACCUUUUUUUAGGUAUCCCUGGCUACCCUGGUGCCCUCCAGGUAUUUUGGACUAGCAACUCCCUGUUGGAGUUCAUAGUCCACGUGCAGCUUGGCAAGUGAGCAGUUAGUGUUUUGACUACAGGCUAGGGAGACAGCAUGGGAGAAAUUUGCCUGGAGUAAUAGCUCGGUGAUUGGCUGAGGUCUCUCAUAUAGGCAGCAUGACCUAUGACAUUGUUUGGCUAGUUAGGAGUAUUCUGGAGUGCUUGGAGAGUGAUGACGUUCGUGUCUGUAUAUAGUAACUUGUAUAUAGCUUGUGAGUUUGCUGCCGUAUAUAUUAAACUACAAAAUCAAGUUACUAGUCGUCAGCUUUGUUGCUGAUCGUCAUCUUGACUGAGCAAUCUCGAUCGUUGCCUAGGAAAAGCUGCCCUACUCUGCUAAGUGGUGCAUCAUUGAAGAAGUUCAGAGUUGAAGAGACUGGUCCUAGUAGCAUGCAAAAGGACUUCAGAAAGUGUUCACAGGCUUCGGAGUUUUAACACUCCCAUCAUGCUGUGCUGGCUGGGACUGAUGGAAACUGUAGUGCAGAACAUCUGGAGAGCACCAGGUUGGCCAGGGAUGUUUUGGGGCAGCCUGAGGGCCACAUGCCCUUCUGGGUGACAGCAGUGGUGGGCAUGGGCAGAGGUAAAAGUGGGUAGAGCAAAGAAUGUGAAAGUGACCUUUUCCCAGUAGAUUCAUUUCAUACAUACAUGCACACCCCUUUCUGUCCUCCAUUCAGGCAAGCAGGAAGCAUAAUCAGAAUUCAAGGAAACAUGGCUGAGGCUUGGGAGGUCAGGGAGAGUUCUGAGGGCCCGAUAGAGAGCCUUUGGUCCCCCCAAGGCCUGAGGUUCUCCAUUUCUGCUUUAGGGCAUCUGCCGCAAGAGGCCCUUUUGCAAGGGGGGGCAGUUUUGCAGAGCUGCAUAGCCCCCGCAGGCAUCCUCGUGCCAUAGCUUGUGGCAAAGUUCCUUUAGCCCUAAAUCGCAACAUAAACUCUUUAUUAUGUUUAAAAAUCCUGCAGAGUUUGACAAAUUCCUAGAGGAGCGCGCCAAAGCUGCUGAAAGGAUCCCCAACCUGCCCUCGCCACCUCAGGAGGAGCCCACGCCACCGACGACGGCAAACCCCCCAAGUAAAAAGAAGCCGGAGCGCUCGGAAGAUGCCCUCUUUGCCCUGUGACGCUCCUUCCUCGGCUCUUCUUCCUCGUGUGCGUGUGUGGAGGAAGGCAACCGCGCAGUCCAGCGGCCUCCUCGUGCUCUCCAGCUAGCGACGAGCUCCCUUUGCCCCUCCUGGGUUCCAUAGAUGGCCUCUCGUACCUCUUGGAAGCGAUCCAGCCCGAAUAAGCUAACAUUUCACAGAGUAUUUACAUCCAGCCUUGUCACUUCUGUGGCUGUCCUUGGCCACUCGCUAAGCUCCUUCUCUCUCGCACCCACCCACCCACCCACCCACCCACCCAGGUCAAUACCAAGACCCUCUCUCUUUUUUAAUAAUAAUAAUAAUGCAUGAAUUCUUUCUCAUCUCACCUCCCCGCAAUCCUGGCAGACCCAGAACAGAGUUGUGCAGAGGGCAGUCUUGUCUUUGAUUUAAGCCAAAACCUCCUUUCUCCCACAAGCCAGUCCAAAGUGCAACAUCCUUGGUGCAUCUCUGAUAGUGGAUAAGUGUGUUUAGGUGCCUGUUUCUCAAGAACCGGCGUAGCCUUCCCAUAGGUUGAACACAAAAUCAAUUUAUCGUCUUGCUCCAGGCCCAGAAUUUGGUGCCAUGCGUUGCCUGUUCCCCCUCCCCAGCUAGGUUGUGGAUCUUUUUUGUGGGAUGUUUGUUUGGCUUUCUGCCCUAAGGUGGUCAACUGCAGUGAGGAUUGUGACCUGGCUCUGAUAGGUAGGCCGUGUUUCUUAGCGGGUACAGUGUCUCUACAAGGAAGAAGAAGCUCCCCUCCCCCCUCCCCCAAAAUGGGCAGUCUUUAAAGUAGUGUCUGUGUUUGCCAGGUGGACUCCUGGCACACACAUACCAAAGGCCUGCUUUGCAUGGGUGUAUGUGAGACGCACACACGCACGGACGCGGAGACAGGUUUAGAAUAGAUCCUCUGUCCUUGCCACAGAGCUUCAGAAAGCAGAGGUGUCACUGAGAAUCCUAGAAGUAUGAUCCGGCCACAGCUGGGCUGCUGUGCGCAUUGCAAGGAAGGUGCACUUUAAAUUUUGAAUGGAGAAGCUUCAAUGAGUAGCAAGAGACCGUGUGGUGCAUAGUCUGGAAUGACGACCCUUGUUGGCACAUCGGCUGCUGCGUUCUAAGUGAUGGCUUUCCCCGUCUUGUCUGCGUGCCCCUCUGCCUCCGCUAGCACCCCUGAAGUUGCUGUCAGGAUUUCCAGGCUGUGCCAAAUUCUCGACAGGGUACUUGUCUUUGGCUUCUCUGGCCUCCCAACAAAUCCCCUGCCAAGUGGAGUUAGAGAAGGUAGAAGUGACCCUUUUAGUAUAGGAGUUGAUCUUGCUUGCUGUUGCUUUGCUGGUCCAGCGCGACUGCCACUUCCUGGGCCUCCAUACGACUGGUAACUUGGGGUGAUGAACCUGUAUGGAUGUUUUGCCUGGCAGAGAGAGGUGCUCUGAGAUGGGAGCACCCCACGCGAUCCACUGACAAUUUAGUGUGUGGUUUCAACCUGUCCAAGGGUAUAAUGUAGGGUCUAUCCAGGAGGAAAGUAGCAACUGCCCCCUCCCUAGGAACACAUCACGUAUUUGUGCAAGAUUCAAUCAAACCAUGGGAGUUUCGUUCUGCUUUGUGGUGGAACUGUCUGUCAUAUAUGGUUCGACCUCCUGCCUUGCAGUUAGUUCUGCUGUUUUGAUCCCAGGUCCUAGUCUUGAUGUUUGACUUGGUCCACCCCCAUGCAGCAGAGUGAUGUGGUAGAGACCUAUGGUAGCUGAGUGGGCUGCACCACUUCCGCGUUUUAAAUAUUCCGUACAAAUCAAAAGCCAGCGCAGCAGGCAAAGGAGCGUGCUGGAAUCUUUACUUGUUACAGUGUUAGGUCUCUAUUUGCUAUGAAUGUUUACAAGGAGGAGUAUUCAAAAAGGGCCCUCUAACAGCCGCAGUCUGAAAUGAUACUGCCCCAUUCUGCUACCUCUUGCACCGUCCGCUCAGCAGAUGUAUGCUUUUAAAAGCUCAUGCAACCGGAAGCCCUGUUUUGGACGUGGCUGUUCGAUGAGUUGUCUGGCCCCAUGUCUAGUCUAGUUGGAUGGUGGUUUCUCCACCUGCUUGUGUGGAUAUUGUGGCACUACUCCUAAGCAAGAAUGUUUGGGUAACCUUUGUGUGUGUGUGUGUGUGUGUGUGUGUGUGUGUGUGUGUUGCAUGUUGACCUUCCAACGCUGUGAUCUGGCUUCCUGGCUACUUUAAGAAGGAGGACCAGGUCUCUAGCACAGGGCUCUGUCUCUAGCACGUAGAGUAGAAACCAGUUGUGUCCAUUCCAUUGCUUUGUAGUAGCUCAGCACUGGGGAACCUGUGACCCUCCAGAUGUGACUGAACUGGAGCUCCCAUUAUCCCUGAUCAUUGAGUGUGAGGGCUGGGGCUUACGGCAGUUGGAUUCCCAGCAACAGCUUGAAGGACACAGGUUCCCCAUCCCUGUUCCAGCCGCGUCGAGAUCCCUUUAGAGGUGGAUUUGUUGCAAGGAGAAGAAAAGCAGGCAGCCAUUGCCGGCUGUUUUCGCAAAGCGGAGAAGAAUCUCAUCCAGUCUAGGCUUGGUGAGAAAUGAAAUGACUUAUUAGUGUCAGAGAGAUGCGGACAUUUUUGCUUCCACCCUGCCUAGAUGCUCCCCAACAGGGGCAGUUCCUGCUGCAGGAGGAAGGUCCCUUGGCUCAAGAGCCCUCGGUUGUUCCCGCGACGACCCAGCUCUUUCGCCUGUAGCUAGAUGCCCUCGGAGCAAGUAAACUUAGGUUUCUGGCUAUGUCCUAGCACAGCCUUCCCACAACCUGGUGCUUUCCAGAGGUUUUGGACUGCAGCUCCCAGAACAUCUGGAGGGGCACCAGGUUGGUCUGCAGCACUCACCGAACACCUGCCAGAGCUAUUUUGGGAGUUUCCCUAGCGUCUCAUAUCCCAAUAACCUCCCAUUGCUUCCUUGUGACGCCCAAACUGGGAAGUUGAAAUUUAAAUAUAUUUCAUCCCUUUGUCCUUAUUUCCACAGGCCUUUCUGCCCUCAGUUUUACUUCCUUGCUAUCCAACCAUCUUCACCAUUGCCGUAUUCAUAGGGGUGAAGAGAGAAGGGGCUGUCUAUUGUAUUAGAGGCCAAAAGUGAGGGAAGGCUCUUGACCCCAGGUGGCAUAAUCCACAAGAAUGUGGGACUAUCCAUUAAAAAAAUAAAUCCCUUAUCUGUGUUAGGAAUCACUAAAUGACACUAAAUUAUUGUUGGGAUCCUUGCUCAAACACUAAUGAGGCCCUUCAUUUAGGCUUUGGAUAUUUAUUUUUGGCCUGAUCCUGUAGGAAGUUUCUUGGCAUCAUCUCCACUGAAGUGAGCGGGAACUUGUACGAGAAAAAUCCCUGCUGGAUUGGGACCUUAAUUGUUACCUCCCUUCACCUGUUCCUUUUUUUUUUUUUUUAAAGAAACACAUCUCCUACAGCAUCUUUAUCAACACCUCUGUGUUCUGAGGUGUCAGAACGAAGAAAACGAAUUGUUUCCGUUUAAAAUAUAUUCCAUGUGUGAGGAGGUGCAUAGCAUGUUCCUUCUCUACCACCAACCCCCCCUCCCCCCCGCUUUUAAAGUGUUAUGUGUAGAAUUCAAAUCUGUAUAAGACUGGUGCAAUAGCAAAACCUGUUACGAAUUCUUAGGCUAUGAAGAAAUUGUUAAAUAACCACGUGUGUGCUGGGGAGGAGAAAGCACCUUUAAAUUAUAACGAAGUUUCUUAGAAAUGGAAAGUGACCAUUUGGCCAUUGUCCUGGCCAUACAGCUGUGCAGUUGUCGCCAUCCUGGUUCCUUCCAGAUGUUUUGUACUGCAACUCCCACCACCCAUCUGGGUCUGAUGGAAGUUUUAGCCCAAAACAUCUGGAGCACACAAAGUUUCCAAAGACUGGCCUCCAGCACCUGUCUCUCUGUCCCUAUCUGCAUUAUACAUUUAAAGCCGUAUCAUAUCACUUUAAACAGUCAUGGCUUCCCUCAAAAAAUCUGGGAAGUGUAGCUUGUCCAGGGUGCUGAGAGGAGGUCCCUAUUUUUACAGAGCUAUGAUUCCCAGAGUUCCCUGGGAAGAAGGAAGGGUUGUUCAACCAAACUGGGAAUUGCAGCUUUGUGAGGGGAUCAGGGGUCUCGUAACACCUCUCAGCACCCUUAACAAACCUCAGUUCCCAGGAUUCUUGGGGGGAAGCCAUGACUGUUUAAAGUGGAAUGGCUGUGUUUUAAACUAAUAGUGUGGAUGGGGCCAUAGCCUUUGGGGGAAGACAGUGAAACCUUCCAGCUUCCAGGAAGAAUGGGAAAGAAUGAAACGGGGGCAAGGAGGCUUCCAGCCAUAGCAAGAAGACCACAUUCUUUCCCAUUCCCUAGUCGGAGACCUGCCUCUCUGGAGCAUUUGCUACCAGCUUCUGUUGGCCCAGACCUCAAGCCUGCUGUCCACAGCGCAAUGGCUCUCUGUAGCUGCUGCAUCUUGGUAAUCUGGAUAAGAAGAUACCCGUCCCGUUGACACUACUGUUACAGCAGGAGAAGCUGUGCCUGGUCUUUUCCUGUCACUCCCCAUCCCUGUCCUGUGAGGACAGGCAGAGGAGGAACAAGAGGGGUCCAGGGAUGGGGAAGCACUUUUUCCUUUGUAAAAGAAGGUUGCUGGGGUUCUAGUUCGCUGCCAGCCCUUCAUCUGGGUGGUGGCUGGCAGAUCAGUGAAGAAAGUGUCCCCAACACAGGAUAUGGGGAUAUUUUAAACCUUUUCAUUGCACUUUCCCCCUGCACAGACAAAAGAACGCCAGAGCUGCCUCAGCGCUCACUUCUGGCAGUCUAGCAUGCAUCGAACCUUCAUUCGGUUUAGCAUUUCCCAACCUGGAACCUUCCAGAUGUUUCAAACUACGUUGCCUCCAACCGGCUGGGGCUGAUGGGAGUUGUCGUCUAAAACUGGGGAAAGUCUGAUUCAGUCCCUGUGAGGAUCAAAGAGAGGUGAAAGCAUAUUCUACUGGUACUUACUGUCAGGAUAAGAAGGACUGGUGCAGGGCAUGGGAUUCCCCUGGUUAAUGGCCUAUUGACCCCACAAACUUUAAACCUUUGACUCUGUUUUUGUGUCUCCCGCCCAAAUGAUCUCUGGGAAAUGCCUGUCUGCAAAGAGGUGAGAUGCAUUUAGCACAAUUCAUGGCACUCUCCCAACGCAACAGUUCCCAGGGCUCUUUUUUUUGCAGGAGGGGGGGUGCAGAUCAUAAACGAUGGUUUUUGUAGGUUGAAGCGGUCUCAAUCCAGUUUAAAAUGUCUCACGUGGAUAGGUGAGCUUGCCACUAAACCACAACUCCCAUCAUCCCUGACCAUUGGCCAUACUGGCUGAGGCUGUUGGGAGUCCCGGCAACGCCUGACGUUGCCACAGGUUCCCGAUUCUUAAACAGAAGUGAGGAACUUGGGUGUUUAUUUGAGCCAUCUUUUCAGGCUUAGCCUGGAAAACAAGCUUAACAUGGUCUCAUGACCUUUCAGGAGAGCACAGAAGGUAUGGAGGAAGUAUGGACCCAAUUCUUUGCUCAACCCUCUGGUGUUAAAUACUGACUUUAAAGUUAAUAGCUGCAGCCAUAGAAGCAUCAACACAGGGCGGCCUUGGAUGAAUGGCAGCUGCAGGAUAGCAGUCGAGAAUUGGGCCCUUUUAAUUAUCCAGCAUCUGGCGUGAACACUUGGCCUCCACCCUGCUUUGAUACCUACAGAAGUAUGGACCACACCUGAAUUUGUGAUCCCACAACACCCUUUUAUAAUCUCACAGGAAGUGGCUUGUUUAGAAAUGUCCAAAUCUUCUGUACAGUCCUUUUGAAUCUUAGGCAUGCAGUGACGGAACCUGCUAACUAUUUGGAUUUUAAAACAAACAAAACACCAAUCCUGGCCUUUUGUGGUCCUGGUUCCUCAUAUAACCCCACACUCUGUUUCCUGCUCUUAUUUCUCCAUAGCAAGCAAAUGCUUCUACAGAACUUCCUUAUUCAGUGGGGUUCCUCUGCCCUCCGAGAAAAUUAGAAUGAGCUCCCCCCCCCCCACGUCUGCUAACUGUUGCAAUAGCAUCACCCCACCGUAACCUGUGUCAUAGUGUCUCCAUCUGUAUAUUUUUUUAAAAGCUCUAGGCGUGUCCAGAUUAAAAGUGGAUAAUAUUUAUUUACUGAAAAUAUUUGUUUGUUUUGUUUGUUUGGGGGAGAAGGUUGGUGGGCAGGGAAAGGGAAUUAAUUGUUUUUUAAAAAUGUAAAGACAGCUAUGUAAAAAUUAAUUCUUUAAAUGCCUUUAAAACUAUCCUGGCUUCUCUCUCUCUUUCCUUUUUAGUGACGGUGUUCUUUGUGUGAGCGAAAACCUGCUACACGGUUUUUGCAUCAGGAUGUAUUAAUUAACCUGCUGUCACUUAACUCUUGUCUGUCCGUCGGUCUCUGUACAUUUUUUUUCCUCCUUUCAUUCUUGCAUGUGAAAUACUCCAAUAAAAUACCGUUAGUGCAAACCUGUACAGCGAUAACGACUAG